GGGUAUUGCACUGUGCCAAGAGGCGUGGCCUGUCCUCCAGGAGGCGUGGUUACGUGCUGCCAGGAGGCGUGGUUUGUUCCCUGAGCUGUGCUCAGAGCUGGGUGCCCGCAGUGUGUUCCAGCUGCCGUGAGGAUCGCAGGCUGUGAGGGGAGCGCGCCCAGCCAGCCGGGGUGAGAGAGACAGACAGACAGAGAGUGUGUGUGUGAUAUACCGUACUAUAUAAUAUAUAAUAAUAUACUGUGUGCGCAGAACCAGCCGGGGUGAGAGAGAGAGAGACAGACAGAGAGUGUGUGUGUGAUAUACCGUACUAUAUAAUAUAUAAUAAUAUACUGUGUGAGCAGAACCAGCCGGGGUGAGAGAGAGAGACAGAGAGCUGUCCGCAUAGAUAUAGUGUACAAUAUACCGCGCAAUAUAAUAUAUUAUAUAUACCAUGCAUAAUGACAUUAUUAUAUUAUACACUGUGACAUUAUAAUAUACACUGUGACAUAAUAUGAUCUUAUUAUAUACUGUGACAUUAUAUUAUGUACUGUGACAUUAUAUUAUACACUGUGACAUUAUAAUAUACUGUGACAUUAGAAUAUUAUACACUGUGACAUUAUACACUGUGACAUAAUAUACAGUGACAUUAUUAUAUUAUACACUGUGACAUUAUAAUAUACUGUGACAUUAGAAUAUUAUACACUGUGACAUUAUACACUGUGACAUAAUAUACAGUGACAUUAUUAUAUUCUGUGACAUAUGAUCUUAUUAUAUAGUGUGACAUUAUAUUACAUACUGUGACAUUAUAAUAUUCCUUGACAUUAUAUUAUACACUGUGACAUAAUAUGAUCUUAUAAUAAACUGUGACAUUAUAUUAUACACUGUGACAUUAUAUUAUACCGUGACAUUAGAAUAUUAUACACUGUGACAUAAUAUUAUCUUAUUAUACACUGUGACAUUAUAAUAUACUGUGACAUAAUAUGAUCUUAUUAUAUACUGUGACAUUAUAAUAUACCGUGACAUUAUAAUAUUAUACACUGUGACAUUGUAAUAUAGUGUAAUAUAUUAUACACUGUGACAUUAUACCGUGACAUUAUAUUAUACACUGUCACAUAAUAUGAUCUUAUUAUAUACUGUAAAAAAUAUACAGUGACAUUAUAUUAUACACUGUGACAUUGUAAUAUACUGUAAUAUAUCAUACACUGUGAAAUUAUAAUAUACCGUGACAUUAUAUUAUAUACUGUGACAUAAUAUGAUCUUAUUAUAUCCUGUGACAUUAUAAUAUACUGUGACAUUAUAAUAUUAUACACUGUGACAUAAUAUACUGUGACAUACUGUGACAUUAUAAUAUACCGUGACAUUAUAAUAUUAUACACUGACAUAAUAUACUGUAAAAUAUUAUACACUGUGACAUUAUAAUAUACUGUAAUAUAUUAUAUACUGUGACAUUAUAAUAUACUUAAUAUAUUAUACACUGUGACAUAAUUUACUGUGACAUUAUAAUAUUAUACACUGUGACAUAAUAUACUGUAAUAUAUUAUACACUGUGACAUUAUAAUAUACUGUGACAUUAUUAUAUUAUAUACUGUGACAUAAUAUACUGUAAUAUAUUAUACACUGACAUUAUUAUAUUAUAUAUUGUGACAUAAUAUACUGUGAAAUCAUAAUAUACUGUAAAAUAUUAUACACUGUGACAUUAUAAUAUACUGUAAUAUAUUAUAUACUGUGACAUUAUAAUAUACUUAAUAUAUUAUACACUGUGACAUAAUAUACAGUGACAUUAUAAUAUUAUACACUGUGACAUAAUAUACUGUAAUAUAUUAUACACUGUGACAUUAUAAUAUACUGUGACAUUAUUAUAUUAUAUACUGUGACAUAAUAUACUGUAAUAUAUUAUACACUGUGACAUUAUUAUAUUAUAUACUGUGACAUCAUAUACUGUAAUUAUUGUACACUGUAACAUUAUUAUGUUAUAUACUGUGACAUAAUAUACUGUAAUAUAUUAUACACUGACAUUAUUAUAUUAUAUAUUGUGACAUAAUAUACUGUGAAAUCAUAAUAUACUGUAAUAUAUUAUACACUGUGACAUUGUUAUUUUAUAUACUGUGACAUCAUAAUGUACUGUUACAAAUUGAGUAAGGAGCAUUCAGUGGGUACGCAAUACUGGAAUAUCUCAUUACAUGAGAAACCAAGAUAUAAAGUCAUAUCCUAUUAUAAAGUAACAGCCAGUACAAUUCUGGAUGUAUAUAUAAACGCCAAAUCCGUAAUGUAUUAACAUACUGUGACAUUAUAUACUGUAAUAUAUUAUACACUGUGACAUUAUUAUAUUCUGUGACAUCAUAAUAUACUGUACUAUAUAAUAUACUGUGACAUAAUAUACUGUACUAUAUAAUAUACACUGUGGCAUUAUAUACUGUAAUAUAUUAUACACUGUGACAUUAUUAUAUUCUGUGAAAUCAUAAUAUACUGUACUAUAUAAUAUACUGUGACAUAAUAUACUGUACUAUAUAAUAUUAUACACUGUGGCAUUAUAAACUGUACUAUAUAAUAUACUGUGACAUUAUAUUCUACGACAUUAUUAUACAUUGUGACAUUAUUAUACACUGUGAAAUUAUCUUAUGAUAUACUGUGACAUUAUAUACUGUGAUAUUAUCUAUCUUGCAUGAUGCCAUCAUAUAAUAUACUGUGACAUUAUUUUAUAUCCUGCAUGAUGGCUUCACAUAAUGUACUGUGACAUUAUUAUAUAACCUGCAUGAUGGUUUCAUAUAAUGUACUGUGACACUAUUAUAUAACUUGUAUGAUGGCUUCUUAUAAUAUACUGUGACAUUAUUAUAUAACUUGCAUGAUGCCAUCAUAUAAUAUACGGUGACAUUAUUAUAUACCCUGCAUGAUGCAAUCAUAUAAUAUACGGUGACAUUUUUAUAUAACCUGCAUGAUGGCUCUAUAUAAUAUACUGUGACAUUAUUUUAUAUCCUGUAUGAUGGCAUCGUAACAUAUACUGUGACAUUAUUAUAUAACCUGCAUGAUGCCAUCAUAUAAUAUACUGUGACAUUACUAUAUAACCUGCAUGAUGCCAUCAUAUAAUAUACUGUGACAUUACUAUAUAUCCUGCAUGAUUCAAUCAUAUAAUAUACUGUGACAUUAUUAUAUAACCUGCAUGAUGCCAUCAAAUAAUAUACUGUGACAUUAUUAUAUAUCCUGCAUGAUUGCUCCAUAUAAUACACUGUGACAUUAUUAUAUAACCUGCAUGAUGCCAUCAUAUCAUAUACUGUGACAUUAUUAUAUAACCUGCAUUAUGCAAUCAUGUCAUAUACUGUGACAUUAUUAUAUAUCCUGCAUGAUGCCAUCAUAUAAUAUACUGUGACAUUACUAUAUAACCUGCAUGAUGCCAUCAUAUAAUAUACUGUGACAUUACUAUAUAUCCUGCAUGAUUCAAUCAUAUAAUAUACUGUGACAUUAUUAUAUAACCUGCAUGAUGCCAUCAAAUAAUAUACUGUGACAUUAUUAUAUAUCCUGCAUGAUUGCUCCAUAUAAUACACUGUGACAUUAUUAUAUAACCUGCAUGAUGCCAUCAUAUCAUAUACUGUGACAUUAUUAUAUAACCUGCAUUAUGCAAUCAUGUCAUAUACUGUGACAUUAUUAUAUAUCCUGCAUGAUGCCAUCAUAUCAUAUACUGUGACAUUAUUAUAUAACCUGCAUGAUGGCUCCAUAUAAUAUACUGUGACAUUAUUAUAUAUCCUGCAUGAUGGCUCCAUAUAAUAUACUGUGACAAUAUUAUAUAUCCUGCAUGAUGCCAUCAUAUAAUAUACUGUGACAUUAUUAUAUAUCCUGCAUGAUGGCUCCAUAUAAUAUACUGUGACAUUAUUAUAUAUCCUGCAUGAUGCCAUCAUAUAAUAUACUGUGACAUUAUUAUAUAACCUGCAUGAUGCCAUCAUAUCAUAUACUGUGACAUUAUAUAACCUGCAUGAUGGCUCCAUAUAAUAUAUAUCCUGCAUGAUGGCUCCAUAUAAUAUACUGUGACAAUAUUAUAUAUCCUGCAUGAUGGCUCUAUAUAAUAUACUGUGACAUUAUAUAACCUGCAUGAUGCCAUCAUAUAAAUAUACUGUGACAUUAUUAUAUAUCCUGCAUGAUGGCUCCAUAUAAUAUACUGUGACAAUAUUAUAUAUCCUGCAUGAUGGCUCCAUAUAAUAUACUGUGACAUUAUUAUAUAUCCUGCAUGAUGGCUCCAUAUAAUAUACUGUGACAAUAUUAUAUAUCCUGCAUGAUGGCUCCAUAUAAUAUACUGUGACAAUAUUAUAUAUCCUGCAUGAUGGCUCCAUAUAAUAUACUGUGACAAUAUUAUAUAUCCUGCAUGAUGGCUCCAUAUAAUAUACUGUGACAAUAUUAUAUAUCCUGCAUGAUGGCUCCAUAUAAUAUACUGUGACAAUAUUAUAUAUCCUGCAUGAUGGCUCCAUAUAAUAUACUGUGACAAUAUUAUAUAUCCUGCAUGAUGGCUCCAUAUAAUAUACUGUGACAAUAUUAUAUAUCCUGCAUGAUGGCUCCAUAUAAUAUACUGUGACAUUAUUAUAUAUCCUGCAUGAUGGCUCCAUAUAAAUAUACUGUGACAUUAUAUAACCUGCAUGAUGCCAUCAUAUAAAUAUACUGUGACAUUAUUAUAUAUCCUGCAUGAUCACUUUUAUGCAACACAAUAAUCAUAAUGUAAAGUUACAAGGAUUUCACACAGUGUCAAAAAGUUAGUGCCGGAUCAGACUGGGUGCAUUUUAGGACAAUCAUUGUAAUUGUUAUGUUAAUUAUAUACGAGUAGUUCAUAAAAUAUAACUUUGAGUAAAAGUAGAAUUUACAUUAUGGAAUUUAAUAAGGAGCAUUUUUAUUUUAUUUUUUACUUUUGUUCAAAUCUAAAAAUGAUUUUUUUUUUUCAUUUAAAAUCUUUUAUUGAUUUUCGUCAUUUCAAUGUCAUAAACAUGAAACCGAUGGGGGUGGGUUACAGAAUGAAAGCAGGGAGGGGAGGAGGGGGUCCAUACCAAACUUUUACAUCAAAGUUUACAAUCACAUUUAUUGAGAUCUUUUAGUUGAGUCCUAUACCUACAUACACUUUUUCUACGACUCCUAAUUUUGCCUAUUCUUUCGGUUUUGUCUCUAUCGUGUUGCAUUUUCUCUCGUCCGUCUACCUUUACCUAGUGAUUGACCCUAGGAGCUUGUCAUGUCUAGUGGCUUGGUUGUCGGGGGUCUUCCGCUUUUCUCACAUCCCACAGCCUCCAAGCUUCCGUGACCGUGGUAAACAUUUUUUUUUAAAUAAUCUUUUUGUCCAUUUUUUUUCAAAGCCAGUAUAAUGUACAAUUAUUGUAAGUAACAUAAUUGUGUGCCAAGAAAUCAAGCCCUUAACUCUUUGGAUUGUAAAAUAAAAUCCUCUGAUAACUGUAGCCAAACUUUAUCACUGGUGUUGUUCAAACAUGUCUUUAUUAAAUCCUUUGGUUCAAUGCGCUUUUAAAGUGGUAAAUGAGAAAUGCAUCCAGCUGCCAUGUUGGCUCACCCUAAACUGAAGCCAUCGUGUCAUUAGGAUGCACUGGUUAAUCAUUUCCCAUGAUGCUGACCCAGCCCCCCUCUCAUUGGUGCAAGCUUUUCUCAUUUUUUGUUUUGUUUAAUUUUUCCAACUUAUUGGAGGCCAAAAUUGGCCCCAUUGCAUUAUGUUUUUCAAAUAGGCAGCUGUCCCAUAGAAAACUUUAGAAUAAUUGUAAUUAUUAACCCCUUAAGGACCAAACUUCUGGAAUAAAAGGGAACCAUGACAUGUCAACAUGUCAUAUGUCCUUAAGGGGUUAAAUAUUAUUUAAGUCUGCCAAAGAGGACAUCUGCGCAGAAUGGUCAAAUCCUAAUUUUUUUACAAAAUAAAAAUGGUGGAGAUAUGCUAGGAGUCCUGUGACUGAUCAGGCUAGAACUCUCAGUCUAUUAAUGCCGCCCUGAUUGCGUGUCAUUAAUAUAAUCUGGAAGUUAAUAUAAUGUGUUAAUUCCGCAAUACCAGCGUGGCUUUGAAGUGAAGUGUCUCUUUGCGUUUUCUAUAAAUUGCCAUUCCCAAACGUGUACGGUUUCCAAAAACAGAACAAUUUCAGGAAUCGGUAACAUUAUUAGUCCACUGAUCUCUGAUUGUUUCUUUAAAACGUCAUAAUGACUAUUCCUCAUGCACCUGUAUACUUUGUUUACUAAUCCUUUCGUCAUGAUUCGGUUUCUCAGUGAUCCACAAAGACUUUUUUCUUUAAAAAAAAAAAACCUCCUUUGCAUGUAGCAAUUUGUAAUGUGAUCCUCAACGCCAAGGCAGCCAAAUAUCCAUUUAUGUGCUGUGUUUGGCCUGAUUAGCCCCUCGCUACUAUCCAUUGAGCAGAACGAUGAAUCUCGUACCAGUAUCAGUGAAAAAUAGCAUACCCUCCUCAUAAAAUAUCAUUGCUGACAUUGUAUAAACCAAUGGUUCUUAAAAGGACAUUCUAAGCACCAUAACUACUGCAGCUUUUUGUAUUGGUUAUGGUGCAAGGAGACUUUGAGCACAGACCCCAAAAAGUUUGAGAAAGUAAAUAAUGUGGUUGGUCUAAAAACGUGACCCAAAACCUCUCCCCUCUGCUUCCGCUGAGAUAAUGCAGAAUUUUUACUUCCACAUUAUUUGCACAAAUCUGUCUAUGCUUAGAUGGCAAUGAUAAGCUGCCGGCGAGGGCAUUGAUAAUAUUUGCUGCUUCCCUGUUUCUGUCAUUUGUGACUCAAAUGUUACCCUACAGCUUUGUGUCCCUUUGUCAGCCACAGGAAUGGGAGGGAUGUUUGCCAUAAAGUAACAUCUUGAUAAUACAGUAUAAUCUGUCAACACGCUUUAUUCCAUAGUGAAGGGACAGCGAAGGAUCACUGAGGAUCACUGUCACGUUUAUGGUCUCGUAUUGAGGCUUUCUAAUAGACCGCCAUGCUAUCGUCUCCUAUGGCUGGGAAAUAAAGCUUAGUGAAACUAACAUGACUUGCUGAGAAGGUCGUGUCCCGGUGCCCAGACACUUGUCUUUCUUGCUUGCAAUUCUUCCCACAUGGCAUAUAGAUUCUUUACAUUUAUUAAAUAAAUCAAUAAAAAAAUUUUUUUUUUUUUUUAAUAUGAUUUCUGGAGACACGUUUUGAAGAAGCUGUUCCUUGAAAUAGUUUAUGCUGCUUAUUAUUUAAGUAGAAAAGGCCCGAGGCUCUUCGAGCCAUAGAUGAAUCAGUUCUGUAGUGCUUGCAUGUCGACAGACCAUCAUCACCCUGAUGUCAUUCAUCAUUUGUACAAUUGGACAUCAAAAUGUACGUUGCACUUUGGUGUAAAGCCUGGAGCUGCCGCUGUAACCCUUUAAUUGCCAGAGGAAGAUUGGAGUAGGGCAAAAGUCUUCCUGUCAGAACUAAAACAUUAUUAAAGCUACAUUAUAAGCUGCAAAAUCACUUUAAUUCUGUUUCCUUAAAGCAACACAUUGGGCAUCAUAACAACUUAAUUGGAAUGACGCUGUUUUGAUGUGCGUCGGCCCCCAGUGGCCAGAGUACCUCAAGGGGUUAAACCGUUAACAAAUUGUUUGACCCACAAAUUUGAAAUCCUCGGCUUUUAGCUCUUCCUCCCAACUUCCACUGCAGUCCGAGGCUUGAAACAGGAAGCCUUGGACAAGAGCAUCAGCAGUUUAGGAACAGCUUAAUCCCGUGAGGUAAAACGGCACCCGGGGACUGCCUCACACCAUAACAACUUAAUUAUGAUGAUGUUAUUAUGGUGCCUGGAGUGCCCAUUUAGAUGGAUGAGAUUUAAAAUUCACUUUAAAAAAGAGCUCUAGAAAGACAAAUGUAAUAUUAGUUAAUCUAAUAUUAUUAUUAUUAUUAUUAUUAAUAAUAAUAUUAGACUAAUUUAAUAUUAUUAAAGAAAGUGGGUGUGUGAAGUAGUUGGGGUACACAAAAUAAAGCGACUACUUGCUAAAUAUUUGGAAUUUAGAGGCAAACUGUUCAGGACCAGGACAUUGUGAUUUACCUUAUAUAUUAAAGUCUCAUAGUAUCGUUCCAUUUCUUCUUUUUCAUGUUGUAUUUUUUUAUCCCCUUCUCUGCUUCCAGUUUAGGAAGACAUCGUGAGCACUAAAGAAAGAUGGAGACUGUUGUUUGGGAGUGUGGCUAAAUAAAGGAAUAAUGCAGCUAACACGAGCGCAAGAUGAUUGGCAUUUUAAACAGCUUGGAAUUGGAGAAGAACUCUACCUGAUUUACAAGCAUUUAAAGAGCUCUCUGUGAUCAAUGCAAAGGGGAAAGAACAUCGCGAUUCAAGCUGUCUGUGAGCCGGCAUCCCGUGAUUCCACAUCAUGGCCUAUUCCUGGAUUUCACGCUAUUUCUGGAUAUUUCUGGCUCUCAUUGAGCACACCUUGGCACACAGUCUCUUUGCUUGUGAACCGAUUACAUUGAGAAUGUGCCAGGAUCUUUCGUAUAAUUCCACAUUUAUGCCCAAUCUUCUCAAUCACUAUGACCAACAGACGGCAGCGCUAGCAAUGGAGGUAAGGAAUGGAUAUAUGAUAAUAUGACUUAAUUCUUUCACAGAAUGUCAUCAUUCUAUACCAACAGGGACAUUGGAAAGUGUCCUGAAGUCUUCUUCUGUCCUAGUUAUAGUCGUUUCAUGGUCCUUGGAGAGCUGUCUGUGAUUUAUUGUCUUUGGGUCUGGAUUUGUCAUUGUUUAAAACUUUUUGUUUGAAUAAACUUGUUAAAUCUGGCGCUGCUUAAAUGGUAGGUUGAUUUUGAGCUGAUAGAACACAUUGCAUUGAUGCUUUUUAUAGGAGGACAUUGAGCAAUGAUCUAAAGGUUAAAGGUGAAGAGAGAGAGAGGUAAUGUUUUACAGAAUUCUCUGAAAUUUUAAUGGAUUUUGUAUAAAAUGACACUAAAGCCACAGAUGGCUAACAGUUAUGCGACCUAUUCCUCCAGAGAAAUGACUAGGCAACAAAUUAACGCCAGCCCUCAAAGCUUCUACAUUAUACAAAUAUUGCAUUAAAAAGAUGCAAAAAUAAAUAUAUAAAAGUGGCCAACCUAUAAAUUUGCAACUCUGCAGCCUCUCCAAUGCUGAGAGUUUUCAGCCAAUCCUGUCCUUUUCGAUGUUCUGAAUAGGAACACUGAGUAGAUCCAAAAAAAACCUUUAACCUCCAACAUGCAUGUCUUUUACAUAUACUAUAGUUAUGUAAUGAAUUUUUCCCUGGGCUGUUUUUGGGUUGUUGUUUUUUGUGCUUUAUGAAGUCUUAUUUAUUAACGUCUGUUACACUGCUGCCCAGCAAUUUAGUUUUCUUUGCUUUUCUUUGUAAUGCAAAUGGCUCAGUUGAACUCGUCUGCCUUUUUCCCCAGCCUGGCCCACUCCCUUGAUACCGGGAUGACCCGUUUUAUUUUCUGUCUAUUGUUUCCUGGUAUGUCUGAUGUUUGAAGGAGCUUUUUUAUUUUUAGCCUGUUAGAGCUUUAGGACAUCUCUAAUCAAAGUGUAAUAAAACAAUUCACUUUGUGUGUCUUUGCAGCAUUGUCUCUUACCUUGAAGCUAGGAGUGUUUGUUGGAAACCAUGAUUAGAGACAUACAGUGCUGCUAUAUAAUCUGACUAUUUGUAUGGCUUUCAUUCUGGUUUGGACUGGCCGGAACCUGUGCACCUGCAAAAAUGAUCAACUAGCCAAUGGGGGGCAAGUGGCUAGUUCGGACACUUGGUGGACUCACACUAUGUGCGUUUCCUUGGUAGGGAGCCAUUACAGCAUAACGGGUUGCAGACCGCUCUUGUAAGUGUUCAUUUAAAGGGAGUUAAUAAAAAUUUUUUUAAAUCAAAUCAUCGUGCAGAAAAUGCAUGAAACAAUGCGUGCAAUAACAAUAAAUUUAAUAAAAAAUAAAUCCAUUUCCCAUUUCUGCAUUUGCUGUAAAUGCUCAGGCUUUGCAUCUUCUGCAAUUGUGGUUUUUGAGAGUUAAUUUUUGGUCGUCCGCUUCCUGCUGUAGUGAUGACAUCAUGUACAGCUGUAUUACUGGCGCAAAGAGAGCACUGCUGGUUUGGGUGAGCUUACAGAGCACAAAAAAAACUGAUUCAUUCAAACACGUUCAGCCUUGGGUUUUUGUAAAACCCUUUUUUUGAGUCUGUCCAAUCAUCCACCUUAUGGCCUUCAAAGGGUUAAUCAAACCCAUAAAUUAGCAUACUUCUGCAUAUGCAAUGCUUAUUACAGGCUGGUCAUUCAGGCUGGUCAUUCAGAAUAAUUUUAUCAAUCACUUAACAUAAAAGUCGGCUCAUCAUAGGGGCAGGCUGGGAAAACUGGAAUGUAUGAGUAAAAUAUCCUAAACGAACGAGAACUUCCACUGACAAAACAUAAUGUGUAUUCUAUGUAAAUACUGUGUUAUGUUGCUACCCAUUACAUGUAUAGCAUUGCACAGGAUGUAGAUGAUUAACAUAGGCCUUUGUAGAGUACGCCAUGGGUUAAUGAAUUGUGUAUCCUCAGAGCAGUCAUUGUUUAUGUGGCCAAUUUUCUAAGUUUCCCCAUGGGAGGAACGUUAAUGCACAGAUGGAAGGAAAUCGGAGCAUCCUUGCACCUGUGUCACUAGUAAUCCUGAGCUGGGUGCGGCUGGGGGCUGGUCAGAAUACAAGGACAAGGCCUCAGUCACGAGGGGUUAUUAACCAGGCAUAAUAUUUUGGGCUACAUCCGGAAACGCUGAAAGUCAAACCUGGACUUACCAGAAUCAGCCAAUCUCUGAAUUUGGGACCAUUGGUGGUCAUUGAGGUUUGGUUUAAGACCCAUAUAAACGUAUCUAUUGCUGAAACAAAUUUACCAUGUGGCCUUCUUACACAAUAAUUGACAAACGCAGAUGUGUCACAUAAACAUAAACAUGCAUACAUAAAACUCUAGGCCCAAAUGUCUAUCAGGGUUAUUAAUUAAAGUGUGAAUUGCCAGAGAUUCAAAUCAAAUUCCACAUUGUAGGCCUCAAUAUUUAAACUGAAAAUCUGAUUGGGAGAAUAUUUCUUGAAUCUGUGAAAAUGCCUAAAGAUCGCAUUUCCGAGUACAUCAUGCAUUAGCGCCGCUCCAGUAGCUCAAUGUAUGGAUGCAAUGCGCUGCGCUAUAAUUCUAUUAGAAUGUGAAUUGUGGUUGGCCUUUUGGUACCGAGUUAUUCUAGAUAUCGAGUUGCAUUUGAACCUGCUCAACCUUGUGUUUGUAACUCUGUAAACCCCAUUCAUUAGAAAGCUGUUAACCCUUAUGUGUGUUUGUUCCUCUGUAUAUUUUGAUUUAUGAAUUAAACGGCUGGAUGCCUUGCCCAUCCCCAGGCUGUUUGAUCAGUAAAAUACACUGUAUUGUUUGCUGCUGGCUGGACAUAAAACAAGGGGAAACCAGGACUUGCCAGAUAUGUGGAUUUAAUGGCUUUUGUUCUGUAAAACCUUAAAACAAAGUAAUCGUGCAAUUAUUUACCAUUAUUAUAAAAUAACGUUAGACUAAUUAGGCAGUUCAUUAUUAAGAAUGCGUUGCAGCUCUGCUCUCUAUUUGGGUAAUUCCUAGAAGGGCAUUUCUCCUGCCCCCUAUUUAUAGUUCUGCUGCACUUUGCAAAUGUAGGAGAGCGGCCCAUUAAACUGACUAUUAAUUGAAAUAUGGGCUACAGGGCACUGAUCAACUAAAUAUUACAUUACAGGUAAUUACAUUUCACAAGUAGAUAAAAUAUUGGUAGUAUGCCAUUUUUAUAACAUAAAAUAUAAUUCCAAUUUGAUAUAUUUUGAUGAGGGUUUAUGGCCAAGUUGGUUUAGUUUUUUAUAUAUAUAAAUAACUACAGCUGGCUCCUGAAAAGGUACAAACAUGGCAGUUCAUGCAAAUACAUUUUAAUUCUCCCCUAAUACUUGCCUGAAAGUGUGCCUGGCUCUAAUGGUGUUUUCAAUUAAAGCAGCUAUGCCACCUGAAAAGAAAAUUAAACAUUUCAUGAAAUUUAAAGGAACACUAUGGUGUUAGAAAUAUGCAAGCACCUUAGUUUUCCCCAUUGGGUUAAUCAGUGCUUUCCUACGGGAGAUUUGAAGAUGCUGGAUGUUCUCAUGCGCAUUGAAUCACUGAGUCAAACUUUGUGAAAGAGCAGGAACAUCUCUAGUGUUUGUCUGGAACAGAGUUACUAGAUGUAGACUUAACCAUGCAAUAUAACACAGUCUUAACCAUGCAAUAUGACGCAGUCUAAACCAUGCAAUAUGAUGCAGUCUAAAUCAUGCAAUAUAACACAGUAUUAACCAUGCAAUAUGACGCAGUCUAAACCAUGCAAUAUAACGCAGUCUAAACCAUGCAAUAUGAUGCAGUCUUAACCAUGCAAUAUGAUGCAGUCUUAACCAUGCAAUAUGACGCAGUCUUAACCAUGCAAUAUGACGCAGUCUUAACCAUGCAAUAUAACGCCGUUUUAACCAUGCAAUAUGACGCAGUCUAAACCAUGCAAUAUGACGCUGUCUAAACCAUGCAAUAUGACGCCGUCUAAACCAUUCAAUAUGACGCCGUCUUAACCAUGCAAUAUAACGCAGUUUUAACCAUGCAAUAUGACGCAGUCUAAACCAUGCAAUAUAAACAUUGCUAUUUCUCAAAAAAUGCAAUGUUUAAUUUUAAGGGGACAGGGGCAUUGCACUUAGACCUUCAACGAGAUUAAGUGGUCUGGUUACCUAUGGUGUCCCUUUAAGUCUUUAUGAAAUGCUCAUGAAGACCUGAGAUUCAAAUUCCAGUGCAGUCAAAAUCUAUCCUAAAAUGAAGUAGGGGCUACUUUGUGUAAUGAUAAAUUCUCAAAUUAACAAAACAUGACAAUAGGUAGUGCUACUGCCGUCAAGCUUUGUCACUUCCCACAGCUGGCGCAAGCACUGUCUGUGAGACUAAGGCAUUAUAUUGCUCAUUACAGAAGAUUCCACAGUCCCACAUGUGAACGCGUACAGCUCCGACAUGGGCAUCUGGCGGAUGAAGCACCAGGAGCUGAAGGUUGAAGAUGGCGGCACCUGUGUCUGGUGACAUUGCCUGUGUGAUAUUGCCCCUUGGGCACAACAAGAGGCAAUGUCAGCAUCGGUGGUCUUUGCAUAAUAACAGAUAUUUUCCUUCAGUUGGGCUCAUGUACUUGAUUCCAUUCUAAAGCAAGCAAAUUAUAGAUGCUAAAGCAUUUUUAAUUGUAUCAAAUGAAAGGGAUACUGUAAGUGCCAGGAAUACAAAGCUGCAUUCCUGGCAUUAUAGCUACCUGGCGCCCACCCCCAGUUGGUGCGUAAAUGGUUAAAACCCUUUAUUUACUUACCUUACCCAAGAGCCAAUGUCCAUUGGCACUGGGUCGCGACUCCGCCUCCUCUUCUGUCCUGCGAUGAGCAGGCGCUAAUGUGCAUGUGUAGACAGCCACUAGAAACAGAUUUAGUGCUGCAAUGUCAACAUUGUAGCACUAAGUGCAAUAGGGACACUGUACCCAGACGACUUCCAUAAGCUGAAGUGGUCUGGGUGCCUACAGUGUCUCUUUAAUCUUGGUUAAAGUAAAAUAUUAUUUACAAAAAAAAUGGCAGCAUCCGUAAUGCCACUCAGUCAGCAAAUUAAAUUUGAUAUUAAGUACAUCAAUAAUGUAUCCUGGAAUAAAUAUACAAACUGAUAUUUGCUUUGUACUUAUUAUUAUUAUUAUUUUAUUAUUUAUAUAACGCCAGCAAAUUCCAUAGCGCUGUACAAUGGGUGGACUAACAGACAUGUAAUUGUAACCAGACAAGUUGGAUGCACAGGAACAGAGGGGUUGAGGGCCCUGCUCAAUGAGUUUACAUGCUACAGGGAAUGGGGUAUAGUAACACAAAAGGUAUAAGUAGGGGUAAUGACAUAGGUUGCUAGAAAAGUAUUCACUGAGAACUUAGUAGGUUAUUUUUGACAGUGGCAAGAGAGGAAUCAUAUAGGGGAAGGGGGAAUCCAAACCCUGCUAAGUUUAAAUGAUGUGCUUUCCUGAAGAAGUGAGGUUUUUGAAGGUGUGGAGACUGGAUGAAAGUCUAACGGAGAAGGGACGGGAGUUCCCCAGAAAAAGUGCAGCCCUGGAGAAGUCUUGGAGGCGAGCAUCAGGUGUGGGAGUACGGACAGAGGAUAGACGUAGGCCUUCGGCAGAGCGCAGGGGCCUCGACGGGACAUACAUGUGUAUUAGGGAGGAUAGAUAGGUUGGAGCAGCAUUAUGUAGGGACUUGUAAGCAAGCACCAAAAUCUUAAAUUGAGCCCUAUAUUCACAAGGUUAUAAACUAAAUCUUGAAAUGUCAGGCAUUCAAAGUAGAUGUCACAUUUUAGUCGAAAAUUGUGAAAUUCUCCUAUGCGGCUGUGCUAUUAUUUCAUUUUUUUUUUUUUGGCCUGAUAUUUGAAAUUAACUUUUAAUUUCUUACAAUUCACUCUUUAGUGAAUGACUUCGUGUUCAUAUUAGUAUUAUGAUUUAUUCAAUCAUUUGUGAGUUGCAUAUUUUCCCAAACUGACUAUUUUGCAAUGAACAACCCUCUCCAAAAAACUUAUUUCGUCUUAAAGUAUAUAAGGGGUGGAACCCAGUAUAGGCACAGCUGUGCUACUUCCCUAAGCUCUGCAUUGUGCUCCAGAGUGACGUUCUCUUCACUCUCUCUAGAUCAGAAGUGUAGUCCUUGUGCAAAGAAAAGGUUUUCUGCACAGUUUGCAUUUUAUUUACCAUUUUUCUGAAAUGUGAAAGUUUUUUUUUUUUUUUUUUUUUUUAAGACUUUAACCCCUUAAGGACACAUGACAUGUAUGACAUGUCAUGAUUCCCUUUUAUUCCAAAAGUUUGGUCCUUAAGAGGUUAACACAUCUGUACUCUGCUUUCCCACAUCUAGUUUAACAAAAAACUAAACUUUUUCACAUGAUUGUUUUGAAAUCGGGGGUUUAACUUUUUACUGCUUCAACGAACUCUAACAAAGUCUAGCGUGACCACUCUAACCAUAAUUAAUGGCUUCUUUUUCAGUGUGUCGUGUGAAGGAGUUUCUAGGACUACAAAAAAAAAAAUUAGAAAUUCAACUAGCAAUUUAUCAGAUCUUUUGGAAAGAGUAAGUUAGUAAAUAUUUGCUCUCCAAACCACAUCGGACACAAUAUUUUUAGAUUUUGUGCUCAUAUGGCUCAAGUUGUCUUUCACUGACAGUCUUUUCCAUUCACGAAACAAUUGUAGACACUAUUUAUGUUGUGAGAUCUUGCCGUAGCUGGGUGUAACCAACCGACUGAUCCAAAAGACUUUGAAAUGGGGGAAAAAAACAUUAAAUAAACAGGAAUUCUCAUUUUUCGCCUUGAAGGCAACCUAUUCUAAUUAUUCGCUGCCAGUGGCUACUUACAAAGACAGUUGAUUCAUAGGCCAAGAUAUUUGACACUGGUUAAUUCGCUGAACAGUACGUUGACAUCUAAAGAGAAUUGUUACAGGGUAGAUAGAACAAACAAGAGACUGCACAAAAAGUUGCAUUUAUUUGAAGGACAGAAUAUCCAAAACAUUUCGGGUAUUCCCUUUCUCAAUGCACCAUGUCCCUAAAUUCUCCAAAAGCAAUUAAAAAAUAAAUAAUAGAAUUGUUACAUUUAGAACUCAACAGUGAAACUGUGGAAAAAAAAUACAUUUUCUAUUAAUUAUAAUUUCUCUUCAACUGCAAUCUUCUUACUGUUAAAAAGCCCCACUUGUCUGUGUCCUCAUAGCUUUUCUAAAGGAAGAAGACCUUGCAUUAAAUUUACUAAACUAUACACUGUGACAAAUUGUAAACCAAACUGAAAAAGUUUGGCUAAAAAAGGAGAUAUUUAAAGAAAGAAGAAAAAAUCCCCCUAAUUUUGAUUCUGGCAUGAAUUUAUUCUUGGACACAUUCAUCAUCACAUUUGUAGAAACAAUGUUAAACGCGAAUUUGCACUCGUUUUAGGCGUUAACAUGUAAAAAAAAAAAUAAAAAAAAAAAUUCUGAAAUAGUGCUAGAAUUAGGUUAGUUGAAUUACUCCUGAAAUUAGGUUUCUGUUUGAUAAUUCUGGUCUCACCGGUUUGCUCAUUGCAGAGUUUGUUGUGGCUGCACCUGCCUGUAAUGUCCGUGUUAGGACAGGGUAAUGUCUCCACAGCUACAUCAUCUUUUUUCUGUACAUUCUUAGCUUUGCUUUGUUCUAAAAACAAAUUACCCACUUGUCUUCGGAGUCUAUCUUGUCGUGUGGCUGUAUGUUUUCUGUAGCAAUCUUGGACUUUUGCACUUCCUAUUUUUCCCUUUUCCACGUGACUGCUGGACCGUUCUGUUAGAUCUUUUCUGUAGCACUGUUGGACUACUGCUAGAUCUUUUUCAUAGCACUGCUGAACCAUUGAUAGGUCAGCCAAAUCGGUCUUCUAGAUCUUUUCCAUCAUACUAGUGGAAUUCCUCCAAUCCUCUUCUGUAGGAUUUUAUGUAUUUCCACCAUAUUUUUUUCCUAAAGUGUUCCCUUUGCUGGAUCGGUCACCCUGAUGCUGUCCAUAUCUUGUCUGAUCUGUUCCUUUCAUGUCGGGUUCUAGUCAAUAAAAGCAAGUCGUUACAGAUUUUUUCCAAGUCUGCUAUUCCUUAGUAAAUAAACCCUUUAGAUCAUUAAUAGGGUUAUUAUCUUUUCUGUCAAUACUUUAUAGUCUUGGGAAUGAAGGCUCUUGGAUGCUCCAUUUUACUUUGAAUUCUAAGAAUCAUUGAAAAUUAUUGUUUUAAUUCUUUCUUCAAUACACGCAUACAGACACCGGUAACUUUUUUUACGUUCUCAUUCUUGUUUCUCAUCUGUAUCUUUAAUAUUUUGCUGUUAAUACAACUUACUUUGAAAACUAUUGUAGUAAAUAGCCAUCACACAUGCAACAUAUCCCAGCAGAUUGACCUAUAAUAUAGGUUUUGGUUCCGGAAAGUCUCCAUCCUAGUAAAACGAAGGAUGUUUCAAAUAGAACAAGUUGGAAAAAAUAUAAGUCACAAAACAUGAAAUCUUUAUUUAUCCUUCAAAAAGAAUGAGAUGUUUGGGAGCCACCAAUUCUCACCCAUGUUAGGAGGAGUUCUGUACAGCGUUCCCUUUUUUCCUCUUUAGUGAAAGGGCUUAUUGAGGGGGAGAUGUUUAAGAAGGAAGCCUUUUGUUUGGUUAGCUUCCCUCCUUUGGUGAUGAAUUGUACUUGCCUGUCAUGCUGAGCCUAGUCAGAGGUCCCCGAGUCAUUGUGGAAAAGGAUGGGGUGUGAGGUUUCUUUUGUUCUCGAUAGGAGAAUCAGGCUUUGUGUCUUCACAUCUUCCUUGCUUCGAUAAUUCCCUUCUUUGUGUAGCCCCUAAUCAAUACCAAGAGCGCGCCUAAAAUCGGUAGGAAAGUGUUAUGUCCAACUGACACAAAUAGUGAUGGAUGUAACCUAUUCAGCACAAGUGGGAUUGCAACCCCUUUCUGAGUCCUCAUGCUGCCAAUGAAACACUUUCUUCAGCUGAAUUACUCAACCUAUCGUUCCUGUAAGUUUUCUUGUAAUUGUCCUAUUUAGUUACAUCCCCCCUCUCAUAAUAUUGUAAAGCGCUACGGAAUCUGUUGGCGCUAUAUAAAUGGCAAUAAUAAUUAGCGUCUAGCUUUGGAGCAAGCAAGGUUGCUGGGCUUAAAAUAAACCACCAGGUAGUCAUGGCUUCAAGGGAAAAAAUUAAAGGACCACUAUAGGCACCCAGACCACUUCAGCUCAAUGAAGUGGUCUGGGUGCCAUGUCCCUCAGGUUUUAACCCCUCAGAUGCAAGCAUUGCAGUUUCAAAGACACUGCUAUGUUUACAUUUGGGGUUAAUCCAGCCUCUAGUGGCUGACUUCUGGACAGCCACUAAAGGCGCAUCUGCGACGCUGGAGGCAUAUUUAGCCUCCAUUGCGCAGAGCGUCCAUAGGAAAGCAUUGAGAAAUGCUUUCCUAUGGACACUAGGAGUGCGCUAGCGGCACCUGCCUGCGCGUUCGGCUCCGCUGACGUCGGCGGGGGAGGAGAGGUCACCAGCGCCAAGGGAGCCCUGAGCUGGAUUAAGGUAAGUGGCUGAAGGGGUUUUAACCCCUUCAUCGUCACAGGAGGGGGACCCUGAGGGUGGGUGCACUAUAGUGGGGUGGGGACACUAUAGUGAUCCUUUAAGAAAAACAUGAAUCAACCUAUUCAGUUCUGGUAUAGAUCUCUAUUAGUUUGACAGGGUUUUCAGAAUGUGUUGUUUUUUUUUUCCCUUCGUGUCAUUUGUGACUACUAAAAAACAUAUAUUGAAAGAUCUUUGUAGGACCAGGAUUGGCCGCAGCCACUUCCUGGUCACUGCAGAACCUGAAGAUUUGAAGAAGAUGGUGGACAUUCUUUGGGAAGAAAACCCAAACCACACUUACAUUUUUUUUUUUUUGGCAAAAUAGACUAAUAAAUGGAAUCAGCCACUUCCUGUCCUAAAAAUGCUUUCAAUUAUUCUUGUCCUGCAGCAUUCAUCUGUAAAAAGCAUCCUUAGUUAAAGGGCAUCUCACAUUAAAGUCCGGUUUUAAUAACAGGUGAAUGUGACUGUAUAAUUUGUUUAUUUAGUUAACUGCAUGGUCACCCAUAAUCUCUACUUAGUAAAUUGUGAGAGACAUCAGCCACCUAAAAUCAUUUCCUUAAUCGCAGGGUAAAUAUCCUGCCGCCCACAUGCAGGGUGGUUUACUGGUGUCCUUUAGCCAGUGCAGGUAAUCAUUUAAAGACAAGGUAACGCCAGCAGCGUUUUACAAUGAUCCAUUAACUAACAAACAUACAAUUAUCUGCUUUAUAGAACACCUUCUCUCCAUUGUAGGGAAACAACUCGGUAUCUUAGCUGCCAUACCACAGAGAUUACUAGAGAUUGCUUUACGUCUGCAUUAGGAAAACACGCUGUAGAAAUGUAUAUAAAUAACAACUAAUUAGUUUCCAAAAUAUUGUUUUUUGGAGGUUUUUUUCUUGGGCGGGGAGGAGAUUCUCUGCUUUUCUAAUGCUUCUCAACACACUGAUAUGCAAAGUGUUCUUAAAUGUCUAAAUAAACAAUAACAUUAACUUAAUGAAGCAGCAAAAGUAAGCACUGUUUGGGGGUGCAAAUUAUCACAUUGACUGCAAGCCUCUUCCUUGUAUCUACUACUGUUUCAGCUUUUUGAUUCCUUACUUUUUAACUUAUCAUAGCAUCUGCGACCAAUUGUAGAAAUGUGUUCUUAAGAAAUGGUAAAAACCUAUUUAUAAAUAUUUAACAACAGGUUUUUGCAGGUUUGUGUGUGUUUAUCUGAGAAAGGUAGCUAUAAAUGGGUAGGUACGUAGUUAGACAGAUAUAGGUGUAAUGGCUUACUAGCUAUAAAUGGGUAGGUACGUAGUUAGACAGAUAUAGGUGUAAUGGCUUACUAGCUAUAAAUGUGUAGGUAGGUAGAUAGACAGAAAUAGGUGUAAUGGGUUACUAGCUAUAAAUGGGUAGGUAGGUAGAUAGACAGAAAUAGGUGUAAUGGGUUACUAGCUAUAAAUGGGUAGGUAGGUAGUUAGAGAGAUAUAGGUGUAAUGGCUUACUAGCUAUAAAUGGGUAGGUAGGUAGUUGGACAGAUAUAGGUGUAAUGGGUUAGUAGCUAUAAAUGGGUAGGUAGAUAGACAGUUAUAGGUGUAAUCAGGGCCGGUGCACGCAUUUUUGCUGCCUUAGGCAAAAAAAAUAUUAUAUAUAUAUAUACACAAACACACAAUGCCCCAUACAGACACACCCUGACCCAUGCAGACGCACAAUAACCAUACAGACGCACACUGACACAUACAGACACACAAUGCCCCGUACAGACAAAUAUACACAAACAUAUUGACUGAAGCACACUCGCACAUUCUCUGACACACAUCUUACCUUCAAUGCUGUUUCUAUGUCCUUCCAUCUUGCCUGCAACUGGUGGCCCCACUACUUCUUUUUUUUCUGCACAUUUUCUGACAUGCUCUCGCCCACUGUCUCCACGUACAGGGGAAGCGGCGGGAGCGAGCCAUUGAAGCACCCUCGCGCUGCUGCCGUCUUCCGCAAUGGAUGAAUGGGAGUGGGUUCUGGGUGAGCGGGAUGUAUAUGUUUUACCUGGCGCUAGUAAGCAGCAAUGUAAGUGUUCCCUAGCGCCCGGGCAAAAUGGCCAACGACACGCUGGAAAUAAGAGGGGCGGCCGCAGCGGAAACUUGAUAGAGCGGCGGCACAGACAAUCAUAAAGUAGUAGAGUCGGCACCCCCCUUUCAGAAGCGCCCUAGCCGGCCGCCUAAUUGGCCUAUAGGAAGCGCCUGCCCUGGGUGUAAUGGGUUACUAGCUAUAAAUGGGUAGGUAGGUACAUAGACAGACAGACAGACAUACAGAUAUAGAUGUAAUGGGUAAGUAGCUACAAAUGGGUAGGUAGGUAGAUAGAUAUAGGUGUAAUGGGUUAGUAUCUAUAUAUGGGUAGGUAGGUAGACAGAUAUAGGUGUAAUGGGUUAGUAUCUAUAAAUGGGUGGGUAGGUAGAUAUAGGUGUAAUGGAUUACGCCAUAGGGACAGGAGUUAAAUGGCAAUCUGACUUUGUGUGUCAUCCCAAAAUGGAGGAGCAACUACUAAACUACUAUUGCAUUGCGUUUAGUAUUUAUCCUAUGUGUACUAUACAAAGUUAGAGCUUCGUGGAUCUAAUAAACAAUUACUUUUUUCUUAAAUUAUCCUAUAAAAUUAUUAUUAUUUAUUUGCUUGUUUAAAUGUUUGUACUAAUUGCAGUAGCAUUUUCUAGUAUCCAAGCUUGUAUUACUAAGUGGUUAGAUCAAACCAAGUCUAAUUAUUAAGCACCUUUUGUGCAACGAGACACCUGCUAAUAACACUGCAGAGUGAGACUGUCCCAACUGCAUGUGCUGUUUACUAGGCCCUGCAUUGUAAUCACCUGCCCUGGGCAAGGAAGGUGCUAUUAAUGCAGAUAACAUCAUGAUACGGGCAGAGAUAACAGGGGAGACAAUAACAGCAGCUCUAGACAGUCACAGACAUUACACUCUGCUUGUUAAGCAGGAGUCGUACUAUAGAGACAGGUCAGACUGCCCGUGUCUCAUCUACAAACCAACCAAACCUGCUUCGAGCCUCAUGAUGACCAAAGCUGGGGAUGUCUGUCUCCUCUGUACUCUAAUACACUCGUUUAGGGAUUGAGAGAUUACACUGUAAAGCAACUGACAGUCAGACAAAUUGGUCACACCUUGUGUUUUUAUUUCUGUCUUUUGGAAAGAUUUAGAGUAAAUUGGGGUCUGAGGCCGCUGGAGCAAUGGAUAAAAUGUGAACAGGACAAUGUGCGUCAGACAUUUUUCUUAACAAAUAUUUUGCUUUGUCAUUGAAAUAACCAACAUCUACUAAUUUGAAUUCAAUUUUGACUUUUUCUUUGAAAUAUGUUGGUGAUUUUAUUAUGUUACCUCCCCCUAGCAAUUCCAUGCGCAAUAUGUCUUAUUAAAGUGGCAGCGAGAGGCACUGCACACUCACUCUGCCCUCAGUGUUAAUAAAUAAAGACCUCAGACCAUAUUGCCAUUUUAUUAGUAAUUAACAAUACACCCAUUUUAGUGUGCAUUUCCGUUAAAGGUAAUUUUGUACCCCUUACAAAAUGCCAUACUACUGUUGCCAACUUAAUCUAUACUUGCUUAAUACACUACCAUGUCACGUUUAGGCAAAACGUUGCUUUUUUAAUUUGCAGAGUUACAUACUGUCAUCUUUUGUUCAGUUACUUAAUGUAAAUUACAAUCCGGCAUCAGAAACUGAUAAAUAGCAAUUUAGGAUUUUUGGCUGAAAUUGUACCGUUUUCCUAGAGGUAAUGAUAUAAUACUCAUGGACAAUUAUGCUGGCCCCUCUGUCCUGCUCAAGCUAAGUCUUCUGGGUUAGCCAGACAAGAGACGGGUGGCAAUGAUUGUCUGAGAGUGUCAUCUGAGCCAAUUUAGAGUAAAAAUUAUGUAACUUGUGAAUGAUUUUAAAAGACUAGUCCUUUAGUCCUCGAAAACACUGAUUAAAGGCGAGAUGUAGGUAAUAUUCUGUAACUUCUGUAGAUUAAAGAGCAGAUUUUUAAAUAGUUUAGUAGUUUUAGAGUUUGUAGUAUAUACAAUGAAUUGAGGCAGUGAGUCUAAUUGGAGGAAAAUAUUGCAAAUAUAUAUAUAUGAGAUGUUAAUCAUUUGUCUUAUUUUGUGAAUAUAAUGUGUGUUAAAAUUAUAAGGGGGGAAAAUGGAGCAGAAACUCUGCGAGAGGAAUGACCGUGGUGGAAAGCGGGAUGUACACUUACAAAAAUGGCGCAUGCGCACAAAACUGCUGCAAAUGUGAAAAUGAAUGUGACAAUUUUUAUACAUAAACCCAAUAUGUAUUUCACCUCUGGUUUUUAUAUUUUUGGUUUGUUUUGUUCUUACCCCUGGCCUUUGUGCCAGUUUAUCUAUCAGCUUGAAUUAUUUUACAUACAAAAGCGACUCUUACUAGCCAAAAUGCCAUUUACGUUUGUAUUGUAACUAAUUUCAUCAAAGAGAAUUUCUUGUGACACCCAUCAUUAAGCCAUUUACUCAUCAUUACACUGAUUGCUAAUUUCAUAUUGUCUUUUGUGAAUAUGUUGUAAGAGCUACACAAAUUAUGUUUGUUUUGGAUUUUUGGAAACCAAAUUAGAUGCUUUUUAUUUAGUGGUUUCAUCUUUUUUUUAUUAUUAACAUUGUAAAAUGUUUGAACAAUUGUCUUUGCUGCAGAUCAUGCAAAUGUAGCUUUCUUAACAAACGUAAUGUUUGUGGCAAAAGACUAGCAAAUAGCUUCACCUCAUAAUUUUGGAAAUAUUAAUAGGUCAUACUUGGGCGGGGGGGGGGGAGUAGAUUUUUAUCUAUUUGUUCCCACUUAUGCACUAAAACCAAAAUGUAUUUUUUUAUAUACAGUAUUUUUUUUUUUAAGCCAGAUUACAAUACGAGACACUUUCCCUGCAAAUAUUGCAAAAAUGAUUAAAUAUACCAAAAGCAAUUAAAUUAAAAAUCUUUUUUUUAUUUUAUUUUUAUUGUCAAAUGAAAAGAGGGCACAAGACUGAUGAAGGGAAUGUGUAGAAGCAGUUUCUGGAUUAAAGCAAGCUUCCUGACGGCGUUUCUGCUUUUAAAGGGGAAUCCUUUUGUGUGCGAAUCCCCAGUGCUCUGCAGAAUGGUGGUUUCUAUGGUUACGCGGCCCUUUGUGGCCUGACAAAAGUUGGCAUUCGGAUUCUCAGAAGCCAAAUCUGGCCUUUGACUUGGGUACCCUUUUCACAUCCCUCGCUAAGCUUGGCCUGCUGCAAUGCAUGGAGGGGUGGCUGUGGGGGGUUCCCAUGGCUACCGAGAGGGAAUUGUAUAGGGAGGAGGUCUGAAUAGGGAGUACAAAGACUUGGUUAAUUUGAAUCUGAACAAUCUGGGCAGACUGCAUGUCCCUCAUCUUUGUACCAGUUUGCAACUAAUAAUUUCGACUGGACGGUUUGUCCUUCCAUUUGUUUUCACGUCUUCAAUGGUGACUUCUUUUAACUUUGCCAGGACAAAAGCUGACAACCGCCAAGGCGUUUAAAAACAAAAAGCCUCGUUUGUGACCUUUCAUAAGCAAAACCGUAUUCUUUUGCAGUACGUUGCUUGGCCUUCCAACCCUACACAGUUAUGUUUUUUGAUCAGAACCUCUGUUAAUUAGUUAGGGAUUUGAUAAAUAAUACCCCGAGCCAAUAUUUACGUAGCAGGAAUGAUGGGUGGCGACGAAUGCAGAAUUGUCUUUUAGGGCAGAUUCAUCAUGAUUUUACAGGAAACCUUGCUGCGUGUAUUGCUGCCUGGGCUUGUUUGCACGGUUUCUAUUCCAUAGGGAUUGUAUGGUUAGUCACUGUAUUUAGCUCUGGGCUGGAGAUAGAGGUCACGCAAGGCUCUCUGUCAGGGGCUCCUGGUUUUUCCGCGCCCCUGUCGCUGUAUGCAACACUGACGUCACUAGCCUUUAGGAUUGGAGAGAACCAUUUUAUUGUUUCCUGGAUUUAAUAUCCAGCAUAGGUCCAUGGUGUAUUUUGAAGCAAAUAAUAAGGGAUUUAUUCACUAAACUGUGAGCUAUCGCAGUCUUCAAGCCAGGCUUUUUUGGCCUAAAAAUGUAAAUGUUCUUGUUAACUCUCCACCGCUCCCAUUUUCAUUCCCAUUCUAGUGAAUUCGCUGUGUAUUCAAACUGUGAAUACUGAUGGAAUAAAAACAGACCUGCGAAAGCAUAAGGGUUACACGGCAUUCUUUUUUCCAAAUCCGCUAUUACAGACUACAUUUUGUGGUUUUCAUUUAGCCUCGAAAUGCAAAUGAAGCUUGUUAAAUGUGAGGUUUGAGGAAUGUUUGCUCCGGCAUUACAUAGAAUUAUACCUUGUAAACGUAAAGUCAAGAAUAUUUUCUCAGAAUCUGUAUUAUUCUUUAUUUGUACAGUGCUGAAAAUGAUAGAGAUGCAAACAUAGAAAAUCCUCAGAUUUAUAUAGCGCCAACAUCGCAGUAGCGCUGUAAGAAAGGUGGACACAUGGCAUUAAAGUCACUCAUCCUGCCUGAGGUUGUUAGUGAAUCUCUCCAGAAAAUAUGUGCUGGGUUCACUUUAAAUAGUUCCUGGAGAUAGUCUGAGCACGUUAUAUAAUUAGUGGAUUUGUAUACACCCAGAGGAUAAAGACUUUAUUUUGUGCCAGGUAGAUAUAUAAGUAAUUGAUCAGUAAUUGGACACUGAAAUGCAGGGUGAGGCGGAUUUAGAAUGCUCCACUCAUUGCUUAAUGCAAAUAAUUGCAACUUUACAUCAUUAAUCCUAUAAGGACCUGUGAUUGUCUGCAUCUUCAGCAAUCUGCUCCUUAGUAUCAGCUGGAGUUUUGCCCUGACACUCAAAGGGUUAACGAUCCUGUUGGAGUAUUCAGUGACACAUUAAAGCGUUAAUGAUAUGGCUGUGCAAUCCAUUGUUUGAAUCACUGAGUGCAGGCUGUUAAUACAUUGACUGAAAGCCAUUGUGUGAAGCUGGAGGAGCUGCACAUUAGGGGGUUAAUUCGUUGUACAGAGCUCUCAUAGAUUGCAAGCUAAUUCCAGCAGGGCCAUCUAUAUACUGUAUGUCUAAUAUUCCCAAUUUAUAAUUGUAAACCCUCCUAAAUAUAAUGGUGCUUUAUAAAUGUUAAUAAUAGGAGAAAAACACAUUACAGGGUUAAUCAAUUGUAAAAACUAGAGCAUAUGCUGUUUCUGUGCCAGCUCACCCUGCAUUUUAAUAGGAGGAGGUGCAGGGUUUGUCUAGUUACAGUGAAGGGUACCUGGUACCUUAGAAUAAUUGCUGUCUGAUACAUUUCUAGUAGACCUAGUUAAUCAAAGUGAUUGUAAUCUGCAUAUGAAUUAAAGGGACACUCCAGGCACCCAGACCACUUCUGCCCCUUGGAGUGGUCUGGGUGCCAACUCCCACUACUCUUAACCCUGCAAGUGUAAUUAUUGCAGUUUUUUUAAACUUGCAGGGUUAUCUCCACCUCUAAUGGCUGUCUACUAGAGGAAACCUGUGCUAGAGGAUCGCUGGACGUCCUCACACUAUGUGAGGACUUCCAGCGUCGCUCAUUUCCCCAUAGGAAAGCAUUUUCAAUGCUUUCCUAUGGGGAGCGCUAAUACCGCGCAUGCGCAUUGGGUCUCCCCACCUGGUGGGCGGGAUCAGUCUCGCCCACCGGCCGACGGAAUCAGAGGGAGGAGCGACGCGGAGGAAGAAGCCGCGACGUGGGACAUCGUCACUGCCUCAGGUAAGUUACUGAAGGAGUUUUCACCCCUUCAGCAACCGGGGUUUGGGGGGACCUGCAGUGCCAGGAAAACAGAUCCCUUAAGUGAUUUACAUAUGAAUAGCCAGGGUGGGAGAUACUGAACACAAAUCUUCAAUAGUCUGAGACAUACAGCAUAUACAUCCCCUAUAUACUGAGACACAGCUUAUAGACCCCCUAUAUACUGAGAUACCGCGUAUACAUCCCUUAUAUACUGAGACAGCUUAUAGACCCUCUAUAUAUUGAGAUACAUCGUAUACAUCCCCUAUAUACUGAGACACAGCAUAUACAUCCCCUAUAUACUGAGAUACAGCGUAUACAUCCCCUAUAUAGUGAGACAGCUUAUAGACCCUCUAUAUAUUGAUAUACAUCGUAUACAUCCCCUGUUUACUAAGACACAGCAUAUAUAUCCCCUAUAUACUGAGACACAGCUUAUAGACCCCCUAUAUACUGACAUACAGCGUAUACAUCCCCUAUAUACUGACAUACAGCGUAUACAUCCCCUAUAUACUGAGACAGCUUAUAGACCCUCUAUAUACUGAGACACAGCGUAUACAUCCCCUAUAUACUGAGACACAGCUUAUAGACCCCCUAUAUACUGACAUACAGCGUACACAUCCCCUAUAUACUGAGACACAGCGUAUACAUCCCCUAUAUACUGAGAUACCGCGUAUACAUCCCUUAUAUACUGAGACAGCUUAUAGACCCUCUAUAUAUUGAGAUACAUCGUAUACAUCCCCUAUAUACUGAGACACAGCAUAUACAUCCCCUAUAUACUGAGAUACAGCGUAUACAUCCCCUAUAUAGUGAGACAGCUUAUAGACCCUCUAUAUAUUGAUAUACAUCGUAUACAUCCCCUGUUUACUAAGACACAGCAUAUAUAUCCCCUAUAUACUGAGACACAGCUUAUAGACCCCCUAUAUACUGACAUACAGCGUAUACAUCCCCUAUAUACUGACAUACAGCGUAUACAUCCCCUAUAUACUGAGACAGCUUAUAGACCCUCUAUAUACUGAGACACAGCGUAUACAUCCCCUAUAUACUGAGAUACAGCGUAUACAUCCCCUAUAUAGUGAGAGCUUAUAGACCCUCUAUAUAUUGAUAUACAUCGUAUACAUCCCCUAUAUACUGAGACACAGCAUAUAUAUCCCCUGUAUACUGAGACACAGCGCAUACAUCCGCUAUAUACUGAGACAGCUUAUAGACCCUCUAUAUAUUGAGAUACAUCGUAUACAUCCCCUAUAUACUGAGACACAGCGUAUACAUCCCCUAUAUACUGAGAUACAGCGUAUACAUCCCCUAUAUAGUGAGAGCUUAUAGACCCUCUAUAUAUUGAUAUACAUCGUAUACAUCCCCUUUUUACUGAGACACAGCAUAUAUAUCCCCUAUAUACUGAGACACAGCUUAUAGACCCCCUAUAUACUGACAUACAGCGUAUACAUCCCCUGUUUACUAAGACACAGCGUGUAUAUAUCCCCUGUAUACUGAGACGCAGUGUAUACAUCCGCUAUAUACUGAGACACAGCGUAUAUAUCCCCUGUAUACUGAGAUACAGCGUAUACAUCCCCUAUAUACUGAGAAACAGCGUAAAGAUCCCCUAAAUACUGAGACACAGCGUAUAGAUCCCCUGUAUACUGAGAUACAGCGUAUACAUCCCCUGUAUACUGAGACACAGCGUAUAGAUCCCCUAUAUACUGAGACACAGCGUAUAGAUCCCCUAUAUACUGAGACACAGCGUAUAGAUCCCCUGUAUACUGAGAUACAGCGUAUACAUCCCUUGUAUACUGAGAAACAGCGUAUACAUCCCCUAUAUACUGAUACACCGUGUAUAGAUCCCCUGUAUACUGAGACACAGCGUAUAGAUCCCCUGUAUACUGAGACACAGCGUAUACAUCCCCUGUAUACUGAGACACAGCGUAUACAUCCCCUGUAUACUGAGACACAGCGUAUACAUCCCCUAUAUACCGAGACACAGCGUGUAGCUCCCCUGUAAAUACAGCGUAUAGAUCUUGAGGUCCCCUAUAGUCUGAGACAAAGUGUGUAGCUCCCCUGUAGAUACAAUGUUUAGAUCUUGAGAUGACUGACACAUUACAUAUAAUUCCUACAGACUGAGACACAGUGUAUAGAUCCCCUAUAGACUGAGACACAGCGUAUAGAUACUCUCUUGACUGAAACGCAGCGUAUAGAUCCUCUAUAGAAUGAGACGCAGCGUAUAGAUCCUCUAUAGAAUGAGACGCAGCGUAUAGAUCCUCUAUAUACUGAGAUACCGGGUAUAGAUCCCCUAUAGUCUGAGACGAAGCGUGUAGCUUCCCUUUAGACACAGCAUAUAGAUCCCCUAGAGUCUAAGACAAAGUGUAGUUCCCCUAUAUACUGAGACACAGCGUAUAGCUCUCCUAUAUACUGAGACAGUGUAUAGAUCCCCUAUAUACUGAGACACAGCGUAUAGAUCCCCUAUAUACUGAGACACAGCGUAUAGCUCCCCUAUAUACUGAGACACAGCGUAUAGAUCCCCUAUAUACUGAGACACCGCGUGUAGCUCCCCUGUAGAUACAGCGUAUAGAUCUUGAGCUGACUGACACAUGGCAUAUAAUUCCUAUAGACUGAGACACGGUGUACAGAUCCUCUAUAGAUUGAGACACAGCGUAUAGAUUCCUUAUAGACUGAGACAUGGCAUAUAAUUCCUACAGACUAAGAUACAGCAUAUAGAUCCCCCAUAGACUGUUACAGCGUAUAGAUCCCCCAUAGACUGUUACAGCGUAUAGAUCCCCCAUAGACUGUUACAGCGUAUAGAUCCCCCAUAGACUGUUACAGCGUAUAGAUCCCCCAUAGACUGUUACAGCGUAUAGGUCCCCUAUAUACUGAUACAGCGGAUAGAUACAGCGGAUAGGUCUGAUAUAGACUGAUACAGCGGAUAGAUCCUUUAUAGACUGAGACCCAGCGGAUAGAUCCCCUAUAGACUGAUACAGCGGAUAGGUCCCUUUAUAGACUGAGAUUCAGCAUAUAGAUCCUCUAUAGACUGAGACACAGCGUAUAGAUUCCUUAUAGACUCGGACACAGUGUAUAAACCCCCUAUAGACUGGUGCACGGCAUAUAGAUCCCAUGUAAUGGAUCACAUGGAUUUGGUUAUUUCUAUAAAUGUACGGCAGCCGUUUUUGUCGGUAUUUUAGGCCUGGGGUUCAGUAUAUUCCCGGUAUUUAUUUCACAGCAAGCAAAGUUUAAAACAAAUGUUAAUAUGCUAAAUAGACAUAUUCAUCCAAAUUGCAGAUUUACGUCAGGAUUUUGUAUACCCUGCGAAAUUCCUUUAUGUGGCUGGUGUCUGUACCCAGGCCUCUCUGAUUCUCUGCCUAUUUUUCUAUAAAUUCAAGGAAAAUAAAGCACUAUGCAUGUGACCAAUUGGGUUGAAAAAUAGAUUGCAUUGUAUGUGCAGAGCCAACAUCGGGGACACACGUUUCAGGGGCAGAACUCCUUCCUUGGUGCAAAUGCCCAAGUGUGUAACCACAUUUGGGAGUCCUGUUUACAGCCUUUUCCUGUAUGCCGCCAGCGGGCUCUGUUUUGGCCACGGUGCUCCCAUACUUUUGAUAUAAUCUUUCCAUACUAAAGUAAGGUUCUAGACAUUCCUUUCAGAAGAUUUCAUUCCUUUACAUCGCCUUCAAACAGAUAGCCCUGUGUGCAUCAACCUCUUACUGGCCAUUGUGUCAGUGGAAGGAUUUAGGAUUUCUUUCAUUUUAGAUUUAUCCAGAUAAGAACAAUAGAUUUAACCUUUCCCUUUUCUCAGUUGUGAUCCCUUCAGUCUGCUCAAUGGCUGAAGUUUAGAAUAAAUUAGCUAUUUUAUAACCUUUUCAAUGCCAGCUCUUCCUCCCUCCCUUGGAGAAGGGCUAUUUUAUUUCAUGAGUAAUGCCAGCUGGGCUCCUGGCUACCGGCACAGACAGCUAAAUUUAUAUCUAUAUUAAGGUGGGUCAACCCUCUUCUUUGGAUUUCCAUAAGACCUAUGGAUAUUGAUUGAUUUAUGAGCUGUAUGCAUACAUCAAAUCAGUCUAUACACUGACAGUGCUAUCUUUUUCUUUAUUCAGGAAAAGGGUUUCUCUGAAAAUUACACGGGGCGUAUUCACUAAAUGGCAAAUUGUAGCAAAUUGAAAUCCAAAUAGCCAGAGGAAUGCUAAUAUUCGAUUUAGAGAAUGUUUGAGGCUCAGCGAUUAUGCCAUUUGCCAUUCAGAUUGUAAUUUGGGUACAAUUAGGAAUUUUUGCAAAUAACCGCGGACAGCAAGUGUCACGUUUUUAUUUAAAAAUAAAUAAAGGAUUAUUCUAAUAUUGCUAUUUAAGCCUCUAUGUGAAGUAUAGUUUAAAUUUGCUUUGAAUUCCAAACUAUUCGUACGUUAGCGAUUGAGAUCUGUAUCUGAAUAAAGCUACAGAAAAGGAUUUGAAGGGAGGCAGAUGCAGGCUAAGAUCAUCGAUUGAAUAUGUUGCCUUCAGGUAGGUAUUCAUUUGAUCUAUACAUUGUAAUGGUGAAAUUACUACAAAGGCUUUUGUGCCUUUUGGAGCCAUGUUUGUAGCCUUUGCCUCUAUGGCAGCAGCAUUGGACGUACACAAGGAAAACCCAAUUUUUAAUAAAAGGUAAAUCUAAGAAAACAAACAAUUCAGGUUGUAAAAAUAAACUGUAAAAGUUAAAUGCUUGUUUAGUUAAGCUCACAAACAGACAUCAUUACUUAUUUACUUUACAGAAUUGUGUAGACCAGGGGUAGGCAACCUACCGCACUAGUGCCAUGCACGGCACUCCAGGUGUCUUUGCACGGCACUCAAGGCUGCUACAGCCAAACAGGCUCUGGCCUAUGAGGAGUCCCAGUGAAACUUCAGAUAUCUGCUAAAAUGAAAAGGUGGUCAAUUUAUGCAUUGCAGAACAUAGAGGAAGUGAUCUCAGAUCAGUUCCUCCCAGCACUUGUGAAUGGGAAUCCACACUGGAGUAGAGCAGCCUGCAGUUGCUGUUGCAGCUCCUGUCCUUGACCUGUACCUGGCCAGCCUGGUCCCCAUUGGAACCCAGGGAAGCCACCCACACUGCUAGAUAUCCACAGAAAUGCAGAAUAACCCUCUCCUAAUACAAAUAACACAAACAGCCCACAAACAAACAUACACACAAUCUGCACAAACGUAACCCGCUAACAAACCACAUACAUGCACACAACCCCACAUGCAGCCUCUCACAUGCAAUACCCCAAACAGCCCCCACACACUACCAAACACACAAUGUGACAUAUCCAUCCACACACACAAUUCCACAAGCAGCCCCCAUACACAGCCCACAUUCAUAUGUAUCAUACAAAAUACCAUAAACUACUAAUGAACAUAUACAAUAUAAUAGCUCAUAUACGCACAAAUACAACGAUACAAAGCAAUUACAGUAAAAAUAACACAAGCAGAAUAUGGCAGCAUACACACCUCAAUUUAAAAAAAAUAGGACCGGCACGCUAUAGGUCAUCACAAUCCUAUAUCGGCACAGUGCUGCUAAAAGGUUGCCUACCCCUGCACUAGAAUAUGUUUUAAGAGAGCUUGGACGAUUCAGAGAAAUCACAUGCGCAUGUUGCUUUUUGCAGCGUACGUAUUUUACUUUUUAAUGAGCUCUACAUUUUGGGGGAAAUUUUGCUAUUAAAAUUAAUUGAUGGAAUUUUUUUGUAAAAUUCUACGUGUACUCUAGCAGUUAAAAAAGUAACGGUCACUAGUAAAAUGUUUGCACAACCGAAUAAUUAGCCAAACGUUGGCUGUGGGAUGUGUUACUUAGUAGUUUUUAGUGUGUCACUGUUCAUGCACGUCACGUUAUUAGUUUAACCCUUGUGGUGCUGUACUGUACAACUAAAGAAAUGGCGCAUGCGCUUUUAAGGCAUUUCAUUGUGAAUGUAGAAACACGACUCCGGUGGUGUGGGCUGCUGUAGGUUUUUACUUACCUCUACUGUUUUAUUCACCCCAAUAAACAAUGAAAUUACAUGAGAAGUGAAGGUUAUUCUUUAAAACAGUAGAUUUGUUCUGGCUGCUUCGGCCCUCACUGCAGCUAAAGGCAAAGGUUUGUAAGCAUUUGUGUGUAUUUUCUUUGUAUAAACAACUCUUGGCACCCAGCCUUAACAAAGGAUUUGUUUGACAUUUUUUGUUUUAGUACAGAAAGUUGAUCAUACACUUUAAUUCCUGCAUACACGGCAUUAAAUCCUAAAGACAACCAAAAGCUACUAUCUGCCAAACGUCUUAGAGGUUUAUUUAUUAUAAACAAUACAUUUCGCACCAGUCUACUAAACUACACUGACCGCUGAUAUGUAGACAUGUUUUUAUUAAGGGUUUAUUAGGGUAGUGUCCCUUUAAUACAAUUUCUCCACAAUUCCCUUUUUAGUGACUAAAGCUCAUUGUGGUUUGUUUCCGGCUAUUAUAUGAACACUGUUUCUUUCACCGCCUGCUCUUUUCCCCUCAAACUGUAUCAAAUGCUUUGUCUGUGUGCCCUGUACUUGGUAUUAAUAUCACCCAAAAUAACACUAAUUAAAGGUGUACAUAGAGAAUUGAUUGAUUGUUAAUUAUGUAGAUUUAAUGGACAGGAUGUCCUGGUAUUUACGGUGCUGAAUCCGUAAAAUAACACUGAGGUGGAUCUACGCUGAAUAUUUAUUAUAUAUCCAGUCUGUAGGUCACUGAGUGCAAAUUUCGAUUUUUCCAUAUGUGUAGAAAAUGAAAGGUUUGCCUUGUUAUGUACUAUGCCUGUUUGUCAGCCUGUUUGUGUCCAGGUUGGACAUAGUCAAAUUUUAGGCUUUUUGUCUAAGGAGACGCUGAGGGAAUACUUUUUGGAUUUUUUCUCAUGAGUUGAAGUAUGGGCUCUGUAUGACCUUGACAAGAGACUCUGCUGGAAAAGAUAAACUGGCAGCUGUCAGGUCUCCAACAGUGUAAUGACAAACAGUGGGGGGUCUAUACCUCAGUUCCUCCCCCCCUCCCAUAUGAAUAUCCAAACACAGACCUGCAGAACUGUUUGGAAUAGUAACAGCUACACCCCCUUCUGUUGCUGUGCCAGUGUGUUUCACACAGAGUGUAGAAUAUCUCUGUUUUUUUACCGAUGUCCUCUAUAGCAGCACUGAAUUCUAUCUAGAUUCCUAAUAACCUCCUGGUUACCUGGCAGUUUGUAUUUAUUGCUAUCAUGUAAAGCAUGUCCAAAAUCACUGAUGGCUUCCUCUACUUUUGGUCAGAAAUCCCUGUUGCCCUCACCCCCAUAGCUUGUUCAGAAUUUACAGUACUUGAGUAGUUAUUGCCUUUUAAAUACCUUUAUGCCAUAUACGGUCAAAAAGUAUUAAUGCCUUAAUCCAUAGCUGGUCCAGAUCUGUUGAUGCCUUCCUCAUUUACUGGUCCACAGUUCCUGAUUCCUUCCUCCAUUGCUAGUCUAGAAUUGCUGGGGAAUUCCUCCAUAGCUAGUCUAGAAUUGCUGGGGAAUUCCUCCAUAGCUAGUCUAGAAUUGCUGGGGAAUUCCUCCAUAGCUAGUCUAGAAUUGCUGGGGAAUUCCUCCAUAGCUAGUCUAGAAUUGCUGAUACCUUCACUCUAGCUAGUCUAGAAUUGCUGAUACCUUCACUAUUAGAGAUGUCGCGAACCGUUCGCGAACGGUUAGCCGGUUCGCGGCGAACUCCGGUCAGCUGACACAUCCCGGCCAAUCUCCAGCAGACCCUCCCUCCCAGAUCCUCCCACCUCCUGGACAGCAUCCAUGUUGAAGCUGCCUUCAACAUGGAUGCUGUCCAAGAAGUAGGAGGGUCUGGGAGGGAGGGUCUGCUGGAGAUUGGCCGGGAUGUGUCAGCUGACCGGAGUUCGCCACGAACCGUUCGUGAGAAGUUCGCAGACGGUUUGCGACAUCUCUAUUCACUAUAGCUAGUCUAGAAUUGCUGAAGAAUUCCUCCAUAGCUAAGAGAGAAUUGCUGAGGCAUUUAUCCAUCGCUGAUCCAGAACUGUUUGUUUGCUUUCCUCCACGGUUGGUCUACAAUUCCUGAUACCUACACCAUAGCUAGACUAGAAUUUUGCUUCAAUUACAUAAUAAUAACCAAUACUCCAAACACCAAAUGAGCAGAAAUGAUUCGGAUUUGUUGGCAUGAUCCGUACAUUUUUUACACAAAAGUAUUGCACUAUAGCGCCUUCUUAUCACUUCUAAGAGAAAAUGAUGAAACUCCUAAAGACCUACACGUGUGUGUUGCACCUGUCUGCAAUAGAAACACAAACAAGGGGUUUUCUGGAUUUUUUUUUUUUUUUUCAAUUCUUUAUUUUUGCAGUGCAUUUAGUUAACACAGCGUGCAUGUGGUACCCCAACGGCAAUCCACAUGCUUUUCAACAAUAUUUGCAACAGUAGGGUACAUGUUAAAUCUUGCACUAUUUUAUAUUAAUCUAAGAUUUAGCAAGAUCAGUCCUGUUUCAAUUUUCUAAUAUAUAUUUGCAAGAACACUGGUGAGACAGGAGAGUAACAUUGGUAGGGUAAUUGUCAAGCAUAGCAUAUGGCAUAUCCUCUUACUGCUAUGAGGUGGAUGCUCAAUGUACUUAGUCAUGGUAUAGUAAGGGGUACCGUGAGCAGGAGCUGACUGGUUCGAUCUGUCUAGGCUGGGACGCAGGUGUGCGGUGGGACAGACAGGCUGGCCAAACGUGGGGAUUUAUGUGCAUGGUACUGUCGCUAUAAAAUAGGUUAAGCCUGUGCGGGUGGUCGGCUGUACCAGUCGGGUGUGGGCAUAGGUCGUCUGAUCGGUAUGUGAGUGGCCUAGUUGGUGCGGGGAUGUAUUGGCAACGUUCGGUGAGUAUUGUGGUGGAGAUAGGGCAACUUCUCUGGGUGUCGUCCGGGAGUCAAUCCGAUCUUCUGGGUUCAGGUCGUGGCCCCAGCUCGGGGGGCUGAAGCUGUAUCCCUGGGUAUAAAGUCACGGGUGGCCGCAGGAUCCCAGCCAUGAGGGUUUGUCGGGCCCAGCGAAUCCGAGGGCAGGCCCAGUGCCUGCAGGUGGUGUGUUGCAUCCAGGUCUCGUAUGGUAAUGGUGGUUUCACCGCGUUUGAUCAGCAGCGUCCGAGCCUGGCUCCAUCGGUAGCUGAUAGUUUUCUUGCGUAGGAGGGAGGUUAGAGGUCGGAGUGACCGUCGCCAGGCGAGGGUUCCCCCGGAGAGAUCCGCAAAGAAGGUUAUGGACAUCCCUUCAAAGUUGUAUGGUGUUUGCCCUCUGAUGGCUGUCAUCACGGCUGCUUUGUCCCUGAGACCCUGGAAUUGCAUCACUAGGUCGCCUGAGGCUGUGGGUGGUGCCUUGGCUGGUUUUGGAAGUCGGAAUAUGCCUUCCAGAGGCACUGCCUUAGCCUGUUUUGGUGUGAGUAUAGCUGCUAGGAGUCGUCUAGCAAAAUGGGGGAGUUCCUCAGGUGGAACUGUCUCGGAGACUCCUCUGAGUUUUAUGUUCUUCUGUCUCCGCUUGUCUUCUAGGGUGUCGAAUCUGCCUUCAUAGGCAGUGCCCUGUUGUGUGAGCUCUUCCACCCUUUUUUCCAGCUCUUUAAUUUGUUGUGUAUGGUUUUGGGUUUUGUGUUCUACCUCACUGAGGCGGCCCGUCAGGCCUCGCAGAUCCUCCCGAAUCAAGGCCACGUCCGCCGAGAUUUUCAGUUGGAGGUCCGCCAUGAUCUCCCUGAUGGCCGUUAGUGUCACUGGGCCGGUGUCGGGUGUCCGGUGCAGGGGUGCCGCUCGUUCUGCCGGUUGCCGCACCAUUGCUGGCGUGAGGCUUCCCUCUUCUUCCUCCGAUGCCCCGUCGGAGAAGUCAGAGCAUCCUCCGAGGAGGGACGCCAUCUUACUCUCUUUUGCGCCAUGUGCCUGCCGCCAGAGGUCUCCGAUGCUGUGUCCCUGCCGGGGUCGGUCGGGCUUUAGUUUUUUGGUUUUCUUGCCCAUGAGGUAUACAGUGGGGGUUACUUGGGUGUUGUUUGGUUGUGGGUCACCUCUAUUUUUAGGGGUUUUGUCCGUAGUUUGGCCGGAGCUCAGAGGCCAUGCGACUGUCCGCUUCUGUGGUUAGGCCACGCCCCCUUUUCUGGAUUUUUUAGCAUGUGUGAGAACUCAGAAAGCUUUCAUUGCACAUUUGUGUUUUUGUUUUUUGCUUUUCCAUAUACGGUAACUUACAAGCAAAGCAAGUGCACCUUCUUUUGAUGGUGAAUUCUACAUCCCAAAAUGCUUUGCAUACACUGCGUGCUGUAAUACCAUUUUAUAUCGUGCUUGUAAGCAAAUGUUGGGUUUUUGUUGUGUGCAGUUUUGUUAAAAGAGCGAACGCACAGUGCCCAUUAUUAAAGGGGUUGGGAGUGUCUGCAUUGAGAUUUUAGUUUUAGGGCAAUUUAACAUGGUAAUUAAAUGCUUAUAUUUUAAAUAUGAGGCAAACAAUCUAUAUAUCUUUUUGUUUCAGAGGACAAUAGGGCAAACCAGUAACACAUGUCACAUAGUGAAGCCAUUAACAUUUUAAAUAUUUUAUGUUGUGGCUCUUAAAGUACCCACUGGUACUGCAGCUUUACAUUCCAAUUUUUAUAUGCAUUUUGCUGUUUGACCUUUGUCUAAGAUCUUACACAUGUAAUGUAUUCAGGAGUGAACAAAUUUGUAAUCUCAAUAAUGAUUUCAAAGACUGUCAGACACUCCGUUUUCUUUGCCUCGGGUCAGAGAGGAACGCUGGGAUAGUUCCAAACUAGACCAUACUUUUUCAAUGACUCUCACUUAUGUAUUUUAAGAGUCUUAAGCGUUUUUGUCUAGACAGAACGCACUUGCAUACGAACCACUCUGCUUUCAAAUAAUUUUCGUACCGAUAAUGUGCUUUAUUUUAACUUUUUGCUGCCAGAUUUUUUAAAGAGAAAGUCAGUUUUCACUUGUUCUAUGUAUUAAACUCGACCUUUCAUCUACAAUUGAGUGCGUGGUAAAUUUUGGGUAAGUAUUGAAUUGUAAUCAAACCAGUAUAUUCUCUAAAGUGUGAACCUGUGCCUUUCACAUGUCUAUUUCAUGUUUUGUAAAGGAACACUCCGACCCCUAUAACCACUUUAGCAUAUUACGUUUUUAUUGGGGCAGGUGUGUGUGGUGCCUGUCGCGACUACCCUCCAGUACUCACACCCCAUAAUGAUUUAAGCUAAUUUAAGCCAGCGGGUAGAUGAUAUUCUCAGCCAAUCAGUGAGCUCAAUGCUAUACUUCAUUGUGGUGGCCUAGCGGAGUAGGAUCAGGAUAGGGCAGACAGAAACCCGGGGACAAUCUUAGGUAAGACUGUGCACAGGGACUCCAGCCUUAAAUCAACUUUAUUGAGGGAAAGAGACCCAUUAAAUAUUAGAAAUUUAGCAAAACCAUUACAAUGCAGUUUAGUCCGUGCACAGCCACGGCGCACAAUGCAUUUGAGGGAGAGAAAGACAACAUUGGGUCUUCCCCUUCACAUUCCAUGUUAAAUUACAGAAAAUAGCCAAGCUUAUAGCAUUGAUUGACAGGGCACCAAACAAAAGGAACUCACUACCAAAAUAGGAGUAAAUACAGCAAUGUGGAUUUUACAUGCUCAGAAAAAGAGACUUGUUAAAUAUAGAGGUUACUACUCAAUCUUUGUUUUUUACCUGUAUUGUCUUGUAGACGAUGCUCUCACUGUACAAACCGGCCAUAAUGGAAAUAUAUCUUAUUAUAAAGGGGCGCACUCCAUUUGCUAGCUCAGCAGUGGCGGCUGCAUGCAUAAUAUUUACUUCAAUGUAAAGGGUUUUAUUUUUAAUAACUCACUACGCCUCAAACAUUGGUUAUAAUUCUGAGUUUUAUGCCAUUUCUAUCCUUCCCACAGUCUGCUUAUUUAGUGAAAAUUACCAUUAUUGAAUUGAGAUUCUAAUAAAUUUUAUAAAUUUGGUAUUUGACACAUUUUAUGCAGACAUUGACCUACGUGUUCUUUAUUUUUCAGCCAUUCCACCCCAUGGUGAAUCUGGAGUGUUCCCGUGAUUUCCGUCCCUUCCUGUGUGCGCUCUAUGCCCCUGUCUGCACAGAGUACGGGCAUGUUACGCUGCCCUGUCGUAGGUUGUGCCAAAGAGCCUACAAAGAAUGCUACAAGCUGAUGGAAAUGUUCGGAGUGCCUUGGCCCGAGCAGAUGGAGUGCAGCCGGUGAGAGCAUAAUGGGUUCAUUGGAAACAUUAGUUAAAAGGAAUGCGUGUGACAUUUGCAUAUUUGAUUUAUUUAUAAAAUAUUUUACCAGGAAGGAUACAUUGAGAUUUUGUUUGUUUUCAAGUAUGUCCUGGGUCCACAAAACAUUGCAUUGUUACAUUAGGGUACAAUAUUAAAAAAUAAUAAUACAAUAUACCAGGGCUUGACAAAUUUGUUUGAAAUCUAGGAGCCAGCUAAAAAAAGUUAGGAGCCAGUUGUUUUUAAGGGACACUAUAGUCACCAGAACCUCUACAGAUUAAUGUAGUUGUUCUGGUGCCUAUAGCCUUUUCAAUGUAAACACUGCCUUUUCAGACAAAGGCAGUGUUUACAUUGCUGCCUACUAAGACCUUCAGUGACAGUCACUCAAACGGCCACUAGAGAGUCCUGUGUCAGUGCUCUGCUUGGAGGCGCUUAAUGUUACCCAUAGAGAACAUGUGUUAUAUCCUCCCAAUGCUUUCGUAUGGGAAAGCAUUGGCUUAGCUGAGAUCCUUAAGAUCUCAGCUAUGGAGGCGGGACAAACCACGGCGAAACCAGCACGGCGUGGAAAACAAUGUGAGGCAGGUACCUAAACAGACACACACUCCCUCACAGACAUACACACGCAUACACACACUCAAUGACAGAGACUUACACACAGACAGACAGACAUAUAUAUAUAUAUAUAUAUAUAUAUAUACACACACACACACACAGACAUAUACACAUACACGCACACAUACACACUUUCCCUAACACAUUUAUAUUUUUAAUUCUAAUCCACCCAGCCUCCCUACCUUUGGGAGAGCUGAGUGGACUUUCCCUGGGGUCCAGUGGAGCUGUUAUCUACCUGGGUGCGAGGGAGCAGCCCCUCUCUGCUCCCUCGCACUGUCUGCAGUGACACCGGGGCCGGAAUGACGUCAUAUUCCGGUUCCCGGCAUCAUUACACAGUGCAAGGGAGCAGAGAGGAGCUGCAGGAAGACUGCUCCCUCGCGCGCUGCCCCAGCCUGUCGCCUCUAUGCUCUCCAGGGCGGUCGCUACAUGCUCACUGAGCCGGCCGCCUCCAUACCUCCCAGGACGGUCGGCUACAUGCUUCCUGAGCAGGCCGCCUACAUACCUCCCAGGGUGGUCGGCUACAUGCUUGCUGAGCAGGCCGCCUACACACCUCCCAGGGUGGUUGGCUACAUGCUUGCUGAGCAGGCCGCCUACACACCUCCCAGGGUGGUCGGCUACAUGCUUCCUGAGCAGGCCGUCUACAUACUUCCCAGGGCGGUCGGCUACAUGCUUUAUGAGCAGGCCGCCUACAUACCUCCCAGGGCGGUCAGCUACAUGCUCCCUGAGCAGGCCGCCUCCAUGCUCCCGCAGGCUCCAUUGUUACCCAGCCAGCCACUUUAGGGAAAAGGCUGACAAAUCCCAGGCACCAGAGCAAUAUUUCUAUUCACCAUGGCUACCUGGCACCUGGAAUUUGUCGAGCCCUGCAAUAUACAUUAUAAUAUUAUAAACACAUAUAUAAAUUUAAUACAAAACUGGUAAUAAAUAUAUUUAACCAUAACAGGUGCAUCCUGUAUUGAGGUAUAUUGCCAUAGAUCUCUUUAAAGAUUUUAGAUUGAAAGAAGAUUUGACUGUGUCCCUGAGGUUAUUUCAUAAUUGUGGUGCUCUGUAGGAAAAGGAGGAGUGAGACACUUUAUUUUUAUAUUGCGGUAUGCUAAAUAUCGUGCUAGUAUUGGAUAGGAGGUGGGAACAGCUGGGGAGAGCAUUCUACUCAGGUAGGGCGGGAGCUUCCCAUAAAAGUUCUUAUGCGCAAGGCUGGAAAAAUGAAGAGUGCGUCGGGAUUCCAGCGACAGCCAGUUUAUAUUCUUACAUUCGUCAACAUGGGGGAGCCAAACAGCAAGCAAAAAGUUGUAUACUUAUCCAGUACCCACGUGUCGUGGACACAACUCUUCCCAUUAAAACCUGAAACCGCAGUGAGGCUGCUGACUGUAAGUCUUUGUCGCUCAGGCAGUUACACUUCCUUAUUAAUUCAAAAAUUCCAUUCCAAAGAAUCAUUUACUGAUGUCUAUGGAGUUUGCCUCCAGUACACAAACUCAGGUGCUUCUUUCUAGGUAACACGUGUAAUGUGCGGCCAAGUACGAGAACCACCAGUAAACAGAACAAUGGGGGAACAGGGUGAAUCCAUACUACCAACAUAUAUAGUAUUUCCUGACAAAGAUUAUUAAAUGUGUAGGUGACUAUCUAGGAAUUUCGCCAAAUUCAUCAAACACACGGGGAACGUUAAUUUAAAAUAGCUGUUUUUUCUGGUUGUGUUGUAUUUUUAAUUUAUUUUACCGUAAGGAACAUAUCCAGGGUUUUUCGUUAAAUUAGGAAUUCUCUGCAAUUAAAUCCAGAACCCCCAAAAAAGUCCAAAAUAGCAGAGCUGGAAAAAUACACAAACUCCCAGCUUGAUUGCCAAUUUAUUGAAUAACACUUUAUUACAAAAAGUAUUCUGUGUUGUAUUAUUUUUCUUAUUAAGCAUUUUUUUGUAAAACCUUCUAAUAUUGUAUAGUUUGUGCAGUUAUUUAUAUUAUUUAACUCGGAUGUUUUACAGCAAUAUUAAAGCAAAGAAAUUGAAAUCCAAAAGAAAAAUUAUUUAAGAAAAAUAAAAUAAACGUGUUCGGAUGAUAUAAAACAUUACAGGGUGACACUUAUUUCAGUACACAAUAUCCUCACAUUGCAGGAACAUUACAAUUACGUGAGACGGUCAGAUUGGUGGAUUGUCUGCCUAGGGAUGAUGUAUUGGCUAAAAUGGUGGCAUGCAUUGCUGUAUAAAUAUGACGAAUUAAGUCAGAGGCCAAUUGAGGUAAGAGUUGACCUGGAAGGAGACAGCUGGAAGACAACUUGUUGCUAUAAAUUAAAUCCGAGGAAGAGGUUGUGACAGGAGCAGUAUACAUGUAACAUUCACAAAUUCCCGGGUUUUCGUACUUUUUAUAGAGAGAGGAUGUACGGCUGGGUCUGAUGGGUCUCUGAAACCUUUUACCGUAACAGAUCGAGAUUAUCAAUAAGUUAGUGUUCUGGCUUUGUUUCUCUGUAUUCCAUAUCCAUUAAAGUUUUACUAACCCAUAAUGUGCCUAAUGAAAAUAACUACCCAGAAGCUGAUAAAUUAAAAUCCAACUGCCAGAAACAAACGUAAAUCAGGAUUAGUCACAAGCUAAAAUAUUAAUUCAUGGACUGGGCCGGACUGCCAUGCUGGACUGUCGCAAGAGAGAUCAGCUUCUACAAUAUACCAAUCUUUAAACUAAUAAACUCUGAUUUUCUACCUAUUUGCCGACUAGCAGCUUUGGCCCGCAGUGUGAAGGGGGUACUGGAUCCGAGGCAAGGCUUGCUCCUUGAGUUUUAGUCCCUUGGAGGAGAAAUCUUCGUUGUCCCAGAUGAGGCCUACUCCGGCAGUGAGUGGAGCAGAUGGCCGCUGCUCUACUAUCCUGCCUAACAGUACCCAGCCAGAAGCCCAAAAGCAACGUGGAAAUGGCUCUCUGGACUGGUGGGAGUGGCCCCAAUCGCUAAAACGCAUCCAAGACCCAGUGAUAAUGCCAUCCCGACCUGCAGCCCAGGCUCUUCACCUAAAAUGUCGGAGGCCAUGUGCGCAAGUGCCGAUGCCAGAGGGACUACCAACGUUCCCCCUCACUCAACGCAAUAAGCGUGGUUUCUUGGCACAGGCUGGUCCACUAUCUGCAGCAGCCAGCUACACGCACAAAACAGCUCGAUGCUUACCCAUGGAGAUUCAACGCAGGGCCUCGGCUCCGGUUAAGGGGCAUCCCCGAAACAGGCGGAAGAGAUGGAGACACAUCAGGCCAGUGCGCGCAACACACCAGCUGCCAUUUGGAAAUUUACCCGUGAAAACCUACCCUCAAGUCGGUCCAGGGAGCUGGUUUCCAACACAAGACACCACUUCCUUCCCUGGAUUGCCAUACAACACCUCCCGGACAGCCGUGAUGGAACAGCGCCACACACGGACAGCCGACUUGCAGCAGAACCACGCUAAGCCCAUAGAGAGUAUCGGCUAAGCCGAAAUUCACGAGGACACUCUGCAUGUAUGUCUCUAUGCUCCAGUUCUACUGAGUAUGUGCAUUGCAUUACCGUGCUCUAAGUUUCUGUGAUGAGCCAACCUCACUGAUCAUACCCAUGCUUAAAUACGGGGGUCUAUGGGGUGAAUUUAUCUCCCACAGUUAUUUCAGCUAUCCAGUUUAUUACAAACUACAUGCAUUGAUCCUCUUAUAUCUCUCUAAGCUGGAAUGUUUAACCUAUCUAAGUCUUUUAUACUCAUAUUCCAAUCUACUCCCAAUACCUAUUAAGCAAUAGACACUCGAUAUUGCCUUAAGCUAGCUUGCUUAACCCCUUAAGGACCAAACUUCUGGAAUAAAAGGGAAUCAUGACAUGUCACACAUGUCAUGUGUCCUUAAGGGAUUAAAAUAUUAAAUUGUGCAUGUGUUCUCGAUUACCCCAAAUGUAAAGCCUGAUAAUAUGCCUGAGGAUUGCCAUUGGGGUACCUCAAUCUUGUUUGUAAUAUUCUUAUGCACUUCAAAAAUACUAAAUUAAAAAAUGGUAUAUGAUUUCACAGUAGUAUAUAUAUAUUUUUAAAUAAUAAAAAAAACUUUGAAAGUGUUUUCGCUUCGGUUCAUCAAACACCCCUUUUUAAAACUUUUUGUUAAUGGUGUAGAUUUUUUAUUUAUGAGAAGUCUUUUAUAACAUAUUUAUAAGCCUUCCAAGUCCGAUCUGGCAGUGUUUUUGUAUAUUGUCUUUAUGGAGCAUGCAAUCAGGUUCUGUGAGGUCUGAAAUAGGAUCCCACCUGUUGUAUGUAUGUGCUCCUGCUGCACUGUAAGCUAACGUCUUAUAGAAGGAACUGAGAAAUAAGUCAUAAAUCUCCUGGGCAGCUCGCUGGGCCUGCUCGGGAUUGCAGGUCAUGGAAGGUAUCAUAUAGGAGUGUAAUACGAAGAGCAGAGCGAUCUGUAAUGUAAUAUCCCACAGUAACCUCACAAGUUUAUUCACUGAACUGUAAAUUGUAAGGAAACCAAAGAGAAGUUAAAAUUUUAGGAAAAUCUAGCUAGCUCUGAGAAUUGUUCCGUUUUGACUAUUUUUGCCUGAAAUAUGAAAAUUCACUGAUUUCUGAACAAUUCAGAUUUUAGUGAUUAGCCCAGUAAGUUGGUUUUGGAAAUUACUCACAAGGGGGGUGCAGGUACAGUUUAAAGUUAUGUCAUUAAAACUUUUCUUUAUUUAUACAUCUGAUGAUUUAUCAUUUUCAUUCUUUAUUUAGAUUUCCUGAUUGCGAUGAGCCAUACCCACGACUUGUGGAUAUCAACCUGCCUAAAGAACCAACGGAUAACGCUCCGUUAGCUGUACAGAGGGAUUAUGGCUUUUGGUGUCCAAGAGAGCUGAAAAUUGACCCUGAGUUAGGUUACUCCUUUCUAGAAGUACAAGACUGUUCCCCUCCCUGCCCUCACAUGUAUUUUCGAAGGGAAGAGCUCUCAUUUGCCCGAUAUUUUAUUGGCGUAAUAUCAAUAGUUUGCCUCUCCGCCACCCUAUUUACCUUCCUUACGUUUCUCAUUGACGUUACCAGGUUCCGUUACCCCGAGAGACCAAUAAUUUUUUACGCAGUCUGCUACAUGAUGGUGUCACUGAUUUUCUUCAUUGGCUUUUUGCUAGAAGACCGUGUAGCCUGCAAUUCUUCCAGCCCAAGUCAAUUUAAAUCCUCCACAGUCACACAGGGAUCCCAUAACAAAGCUUGCACCAUGCUCUUUAUGGUACUUUACUUCUUCACUAUGGCUGGCAGCGUGUGGUGGGUUAUCCUUACUAUUACGUGGUUCCUUGCUGCCGUUCCAAAGUGGGGGAGUGAAGCAAUUGAGAAGAAAGCACUAUUAUUUCAUGCCAGUGCAUGGGGAAUCCCAGGGACUCUAACCAUCAUCCUACUUGCCAUGAAUAAAAUUGAAGGGGACAACAUAAGUGGAGUGUGCUUCGUUGGUCUCUAUGACGUUCAUGCUUUGAGAUACUUUGUCCUAGCUCCACUUUGUCUGGACGUGGUGGUUGGGGUCUCUCUGUUGCUGGCAGGGAUAAUUUCACUGAACCGCGUACGGAUUGAAAUUCCUUUGGAGAAGGAGAACCAGGACAAACUCGUUAAAUUUAUGAUUCGUAUUGGUGUAUUCAGUGUACUUUACCUCGUCCCACUAUUGGUGGUGAUUGGCUGCUAUUUCUACGAGCAGGCUUACCGCGGGAUAUGGGAAACAACGUGGAUCCAGGAAAGAUGCAGAGAAUACCACAUACCAUGCCCCUAUCAGGUAAUACUUUGUUUUCUUAUAUUUAUAACCGUGCUCUUUAAUAAAUAUGCGUGUUAUAGGUAUAUAUACACACAGAGAGAGCUGUAUUCACCUCCCACAGAUGUAGCGCUUUCAUGAAAUCUGUUUGAUGGCUGCAUACAUAAAAAAGUUAGAGACACUACAGGCACCAAAACAACUUUAGCUUAUUAAAGUUAUUUUGGUGUAUAGAUCUUUUAUAUAGCCCUUGCCGCACUUCCCCUAAAUACUUCCUGUAAAUAGACAUCUAAUGUUUAAACUUUAUUUAUUGCACAGUCUGUUUCAUCUAUUUUUGGGAAUUUCACAGGCCACACGUGUCUCACUAGUGCAAAAAAAAACAACCUAUUUGUAUUGUGCUAUUGUUCUCUCGAACAAUGAUACUCCACAUGUAUACAUGUUCCCCUAAUUCUGCCCUUAGUCUUGUCCUUAAUGCAACCUUUAAUCCAACCCAUAAUGCAACCUCUAGUCCAACCCAUAAUCUAACCUAUAAUGCUUCCCAUAAUUCAUCCAAAAAUCCAAUCUCUAACCCUACCAUAAUCCAUAAAACAUAUUCUAACUCAUAGGCUAUCUGGGCAGCUGGGAGAGGCUGUCACUGAUCCUACGGCAGGGGGCAAACAGGCUAACCUCCCCAGGGUCUAUUCAGACAUUGGGGGUCUCUCUGACACAAGGGUUGGACAGUUCCAGGCUGAAAGGGGGCAAUGGGAUUUUUUAAAUUGCCGCUAUAGGGCGAUCUUGCUACCUCUGCAUUUUAAUACUUUAACGUGAGCAGAGCUCACUUUGAGCCAGCUGACAGAGGAGAUCCCUUUUUAUUUUUUAUUUUUUGAUAAAUCAGGCUGGGAGCACACGUGCAUUAUAGCUCAGUUGUGGUAUUUAAAGGGCUGUGUGCAGCACUCACUUUGAGUGCUGCUCAUAGCUCAUCUGUCAGUAUGGGGCCACUAAUCCUCAGAUUUUGAAACAUUCCUGGGGGCCCUUAGUACCAGCAGGGUUUUAACCCCUAUUGGUAUCUUUACUGCAUGGCGGUCUAUGCCGUCACUGGGCGUUACAGACCUGCCCUGCAUGACGGUAUAGACUGUCAUGUGAUCCAUAAUUGGUUAAGCUAAAGUUGUUUUGGUAAGUGGAGCACUUACGGGACUAUGAAACAUAUACUUCUUUCAUUCGUAGAUUUAAUAAAAUGGACUGAAUUCUUGUGUCAGUGCUCCACAGUUUUUGAAGGUUUUUUUUUGUGUAUGUUUGGGUGUGUGUAUAUAUAAUACACACAAAGACACAAUCACAUUUAUAUUUUCUGCUUUUUGGGGAUUACCAGCACUACCAUAAAUUAGUGAAUUACUGAACAAGCUGCACAGAUCCCACUUUGCAACGUUUUAGUUAUUUGGGGCAAGACUUGUGACAAAUUGUUGUGAAUUAAAAUAUCUGCAAGGAAUUAUUGGAAGAUGAUAUCUUGGAAACAGAGAUACUCAUUGGGAGGUGGAUUUUAAUUUACGUCUGCUUGAUAUUUCACUCUAAUAAUGGGCUAAAUAAAACUACUUAAAUAUAUCACUAAGUUUAAUGGCUUCAUUCAUAAAAAUGUGCAAUGAGGGUUUUAUGGCUAUCUUUUGUUCACAUUUGGAAAUAUUUCCUAUAUAAAGUGUUUGUACAUUGUGUGAUUCUUUCUGCUAUAAUUUACCAGAAAACGGUCUGUGCUCCUUCGUCCUGCAUCGGCCGGAGCCAGCGGAUUUUUAGGGGACCGCUGAGUUUCUAUCAAUGCCGUCGAGAUGCAGUGUCAUGCAAUUCUGAAACCUCUCAUAGCCCUUUCUUCUUGUCAGCUUAAACACGAUCACUAGCUAUUUCCUCUACACGCAACGUUUUUGUUUUGUUUUUGUGCUGAACCCCUAGCAUUGUCAUUUAUAUAAAACGGGGGAACAUUUUGUGUGUACACACAUAUAUACACACACACACACACUAGUUCUGAUUAUAUUUUCUCAAUAUCGAGGGUCCAGAAGUGUAACAAAAUCCUAAGCAAGCUUUUGAUAAAAUACUAAGCAAACCUUUGGCUUGUUUCCCACGCUGAGGAGGUAAAUCACUGAGAAAGGAGGAAUUGUUUUUCGUGCUUGGUUACUGAAACACAUGCCAUUUUAAGGCCCUUUAGGUCUAGAGAUUGGCAAAGCCUCUGUAUAUCGACAUCAAGCUUUGAAUAAUGGACAAACAGAACAUUAAGGGAAUGUCUGAAGAUCUAUGCCAGCAAAUGCAGGUCACGCAUGUUUACUUAGAUUGUAAGGGAUACGAGCAUAGCGCUCUAUUCUGUAAAAAGUAGUUACCGUAAUUAUAGUAAUUUAUAGAAGAAUUUUCCAUUUUUCCCAUUGUGAAUUUGGCGGUACUCCUGCUCAAAGCCCCAUUGUGCAGAGGGCAAUAUCCAGGAUUGAGAAACGGCUGGAGCUGAAUUUGUGGAUUAUAAUGGUUUCUAAUAAGUUAUAUUUAUUGUUUGUUUAUAAUUUGAUAUUCAACUAAAAUAAUGUUGUCCACUAGCCUAACGAAUUUGAUUUGUGAUUACUGUCACCUUUGCUCUAUUCAGAUGUCCCCCAGUCCGCGGAGUAAUGGAGACAUAAAGAGAGCAGGAAGCCUGCCUAAGCAUAUUUCCCACAACCCCUGGCAGCAGUGGCAUAUGGGAAAUCUGUAGCUGUUACCCAUAAACCCACUGUUUAAAAAAAGAAAAAAGAAACACGCUAAACCCCUCACGCACGUCAAGCUUGCUGAAGUUCUUUAGAAGUUAUCAGAGUCCCCCUUUCAUACUUUAUAAAAAUGUCAAUUUCAAGAGACAUGGGCACCUUUAUAAAGUUGCACGCUCCCAGCUGUCAGUCAGAGAGCCAGGAAUGUGCUCUUCCUGACCGCUUUGUAUUAUAGCUAAAAGCAGAGGCAAUGCGUCUCAUAGAGAAUCAAUGGAUUCACUGCCGAGAUUUCUGUGCAUGUGCCCUGUAUAAGAACCAUUGGACUGGCCAGAAGACUAUCAGAACUGGAGGAGGAGGUGAACUACAUCAAGGAGGCCCUCUCGCUGGAUUAAACCUCUUUAUUUUAUAGGUACUAGGGGUGGAAGGGAGGCCUAGUGCACAUUACAAUACUCCAACGUAGGAAAAUCUGUUCAGAAGUCCAUUUUAUUAAAUUCAAAGCUGGAAGAACAACGAUAAUGAUGGAUAUAGUAGCAGCAAAUGGAAAAUUAUAUAAAGAAAGAACGUGAAAUAGUGUAAAUAUAGAUUGUAUGAUUGUUGGCAAAACGUUAAAGAGGCAGAAUCUAAACCCAAUAAAACAAUGUAACAAUAAUACAAAAUUUUAAUUAUCCGUGUCCGACUGUACGUGACUCGACAUGUUGAAUUGUAUUGCCUUCAGAUGGAAUUUGUGGCGCUACAAGUCAUGUAUUCUAUGUAUUGAGCCAGACCUUUUCCAGACUGUGUGCGCGGUGCAUGCCAUGAUAGAACGUCAUUCUUGGGCCCAGCUGCUGGCUUGAUUGACAUUUAUUACGAGUGGGGAUUAGUCCAAAUUCUAAUUGAUUUGACAUGAUUUUUGGUUACAGGCUAUUAGCUUAUAUAUCAAACAGGUUUUGACAAAACCCGUUUCUGUAUUCACCAAGCGAAUCAUGACAGAUUAAUUUAAUUGAGACAGAACAGUGCUAUAUCGAUGGAAACAAAGUAUAUGUUAACGUCAGUAAUACUAGCCUGUCCCAUGUGUAGAGUCUCCAGAUCCAGCAUGGAUUCCUGGAAAUGUUUGAUAAUAUCUGCCUGCAGUUAGACAAUAAUUGUAAUACAUUUCAGCCCUGUAGUAUGUAGCAUUCUGGUGCUGUAUGAUGUAAAUCAACCAAUUGAAGCAUUUGAUUUUGACAUCCUUCUUUGAUACAAUUCGUUUUUCUCCUGCAGUGUACACAUUGUACUUACUGCAGUGAGGUCAUCACUUUUCAUUUACUGACUUCCAGCACGGAGAAGUGUUUUGAUGGAUUUGUCCAUCCUAACCAUGAGGGAGAUGCACGUAGCAGCGAGGAGACCCCCUCACAAAGAGAGACUUGCGUUGACUUGACCAUGGAGGAGUGAUAGUGCUGAAGAUUGUAGGAGAAACAUCGGCCAGUGCAUCAAAACUGUGGACUGAUUUUAUCCUGGCUAUAAAUAUAAAUGUCGAGCCUUGCUGUACCAGGAAGAAGUUGGAGAUUUUGCACAAUUGAGAAGUGAAGACUUGGCAGAAUUUUGUAUAGAUGGUGUUUGGUAGAAGGCCUCAGUGUAGUGAGGAAUUGAUAAUUCAACAGAGACAAAUGAUGAUCCAAAAGCAUCGUGCACGGUAAUUUGGUGGAAUAGUCAUGCUGUCUAUGUUUGAAAUGAGCGAUUCAUCCCAUAAUUUGCAGACAAAGCUCAUCAUUUAUAGUUAUUAAAGGGCAUUCAGUGACGGGUGUAAAUUGGAGAGAUUAGUUCCAUUUCAUAGUGAGAAUAUUGGGACACCCAGUGAUACUAACAAUUGUCACACAGGUUUACUUCUCUGAUUGCCUUAUGAAGCUGUAUCCAAACCAGUUGUCAUGUGUAGACAGCAUUAAUUAUCUGGGCGAUGUAUUUCUGUGUGCCAGGGGUAAAGAGCGGUGAUAUCGUGUUGUUUUUAUGGCUUCCAUCAAUGGGUUAAUUACCUCUAGUGUGCAGAUUCUCUCCUAAGAAAUCCCCAAAGGAUCGGGGCAGGUGUCAGUUAUUUCCAGUGAAUAUUAUUCAGUAUAAUGAUAUGGCGUGAUAGCUGGGUAUGCCUGUUUAAUUUCUGAUUGAAGUGUAAUUAGGGAGAAAAAAAAUCCAAAUAUAUGAUUUGUCACUGUUCCAAGAUAACCAGGAUGUCAUUAAUGGUUUCCUGUUUUUCCCCAGAAGCGGUUGCAAUGUAAUUGGCGUUCUUUAUUCAUACGUCACAUAUACAGAAUCCUUGCAGUGGGUUUUGGUUUUAACCUUUUCACUGCUGUAGUGAGCGGACGCGAGUUGUUUACGUGUGGCUCUGCAAUCUCGGCCAAAGAUCAGGCUUGUCGAGCUAAAAAUUACCUCCAGGCCUUUCUCAUCUGAAAAACUGAGUGAACUGGGAAUGUUACUAUACACACACAUGCAUGUGCAUUCUUGUGUUUGUGUGUGUGUGUGUGUGCGCACACACACACAUUGUAGAGAGCUCAUCCAGCAAGUGUAUAAAUAAGUGAUAGAUAUACUUGCAUACACACACACAAGGCAAGCCUAUAUUGUCUACACCAGUGGUUCCCAAACUUUUAGGUUCAAGGUGCCCUUAAUAUUUCAAUAUUUUUCCAAGGCACCCCAAGUCAAAACAUUUCCUAGGUUCUAUAUAUGUACAGUGCUGCAGCAUAUACUGGGCCCCUAAUCUUGGGAGUGGCACUGGUAGAUUAUUUAAAGAAACAAUCCAGGCACAAUAACCACUACAUUACAUUUUAGUGGUUAUGGUGCCAGUAGUGCCCUUCCAGGGUAAGUAAUCAAACUGUUUAAGAACAGUUUGACAACUUACCUGGGGUCUGCCGGGAUAGCGGCUGUAGUGUGUGUGUACAGGGUUACAUUGUGUUUGUGAAGGAUGUAGUUUGUGUGUGAGGUGUACAGUGUGUGUGUGUGUGUGUGUAUGGGGGCAAUGUGUAUAUGGGGGGGCAGUGAGUGUUUAUGGAGGGGGCAGUUUGUGUGUGUAUGGGGGAGCUAUUAUGUGCUGUGGGGAUAAAAGGGCAAAUUAAAAAAUAUAUACGUUAUUUUUUUAAUUAAAAAUAAUAAUGCUGUCCCCCCACCCUGCUUACCAUUUCCUGGGAAGGAGGACAUUUCCUGCAAUCCCUGGUGGUUCCAGUGGUGAUGGCGAACUCUAGCAGCCUGGCGAGAUUCGGAGCGUUGCUGUGGUAACCGCGGCAGUGUGUGUAUGGGGGGGGCAACGAUGCUGGACGUCCUCAUGUUCAGCGUGUGGCCGUCCAUCAUCGUUUUAUGGAGUUCAACUCUGUGAAACAGCAGGAGGCGCCUAUUGUGGCUGCCAGGUAGACAGCCACUAGAAGCAGUAUAAACAUUGCAGUUUCUCUGAAUAUAACAUUGUAUACCAUUGCAGGGUUAAGUGGACAGGGACCUACAAUGAGAUUUAGAGAUACAUUAACAUGGAAACGCCACCCCAUUGACACGUUGUUUUGGGGGUGGAUGAAUGGGAUACAGAAAUCACUUACCUGCACGGAAGUCACUUACUGCAGCAUCAAAAAUACUAAAAAUAUCCAGGUUCCAUGUAGCAGCCUAUUAAGUAUAUUUAUAUUUCUAAUUGUCUUUCUUUUUUGAUUUUUGUUAAUCUAUAACCAGCUGCUGGAUUGCACCAUGCAAUUAUUUGUUCUAUCGAGUACCUUUAGAAUUUUGCUUUGAAAUAUUCAGAGAUAAUUUUUUUUCAUGUGAUAAGCUUGUUUGCACAGUGGUUGUAUGAACAGAUUCAUUGAUAUUCUUUAGAACCAAAUGAAAGCUUGGUUUUACUGUUUAUAUAGGGACUUUUGGUGUAGGUUUCUUUGGGUUAAGUUAUCUCUAAUCACGGAAUAUGACAAUGAGACAUGUGGGGUCGAUAGCCCCCUCUCCACCUGAAUUUGUGUUCAAGGGGAAGCCAGAAAUGUGGAAAAUAUCCACCCGUUGCCUAAACUACUGUUUAUGUUAUUAUGUUUCACUGAAAGGACCACUAUAGUGCCAGAAAAACAUACUUGUUUUCCUGGCACUAUAGUGCCCUGAGGGUGCCCCCACCCUCAGGGUCCCCCUCCCGCCCGGCUCUGGAAGGGGGAAAGGGGUAAAAACUGACCUUUUUCCAGCGCUGGGCGGGGACUGGGCUCCUCCGUUCCUCCCAGUCGGCUGAAUGCACACGCGCGGCAAGAGCUGCACGCACAUUCAGCCGGUUGCAUAGGAAAGCAUUUACAAUGCUUUCCUAUGGACGCUGGAGUGCUCUCACUGUGAAAAUCACAGUGAGAAGCACGCAAGUGCCUCUAGCGGCUGUCAAUGAGACAGCCACUAGAGGCUUUGGGGGAAGGUUUAACCCAUUCAUAAACAUAGCAGUUUCUCUGAAACUGCUAUGUUUACAAAAGAAUGGCUUAAUCCUGGCUGGACCUGGCACCCAGACCACUUCAUUAAGCUGAAGUGGUCUGGGUGCCUAGAGUGGUCCUUUAAUAUAAAACGAGGCUCCCUCUCAUAGGAGUUGUUGCAUUGUGUUAUGUGAUCCCAUUUCGGCAUCAACUGGUUGCCUUUAUCAAGGUACCCUUUACAAGACUUAAGACUGGAUACUGGGGUUUCUUUAGCAGAAAGUUGAAUUUGAAGUGAAACAGUUGUUUUGUGACUAGAACUACUUUAACCCAUGUUCAAGCACAUUUUUGCAAGCUCGUCUGGGUGGGUUAACUGUUGUGGUAUUAAGGAGGGACAGUACCUAUUGUGGACCUACAUCCCUCUGUCCCUCACUCUCUCGCCUAAAAUUAAAGUGUCCCUCUUUGUCCACUGGAAAUGUCGGGAUGUAUAAUGUCAUUGUGAAACGGCUAUUAGAAGCCAAACUCGAUAACUAUAUCAAUUGAGUGACUGUGACUGUGACAGAAAAGUUCUGAAUGUUUGAUUUCUAAAGAAAAAUGGCAGUAUUGUCAUAGAGCCUAAUUCACUAUGAACUCCUGUUUUGCUUUUUUGUGGGUUUUUUUGUGGUUUUUAGUUGCUUAUCGGGACACUGUAUGCACCCAGACCACGUCAUCUCAUUGAAGUAAUCUGGAUGAAGUGCCCCUGUCCCCUUAGCCCUGCAAGUGAACUGCAAUGUUUACAUUGCAGGUUUAAGACAACCUCUAGUGACUGUGUUGCUGAAUUUUCACAGAGUUUAACAUUGUGAAGCGAUGCUGGACGUCUUCACGCUGUGCAUGAGGACAUCCAGCAUCUUCAAAAUCCCCACAGGAAAGCAUUGAUUGGGGAAGUCCUAAUGUGCAUUAGUUCUCCAUCAGCGUAACGCCAAGGAAGGAGGAGACCGUGCCAACACCAUGGGAUCUUGCAUUUGAAAUUAAAGGACCACUAUAGUGCCAGGAAAACACUCCUCUCCUCCCUCUUCCGACGUCAUGCGCCGAAUGUGCAUGCACGGCAAGAGCCACGCACGCAUUCAAUCAGUCCAGUUUCUCAAUGCUUUCCUGUGGACGUUGGCGUCUUCUCACUGUGAAAAUCACAGUGAGAAGCGCCUGCAGCAGCUGUCAGUGAGACAUCCACUAGAGGCUGGAUUAACCCUAAUCUGAAACUGCUAUGUUUACAGCUGCAGGGUUAAUCUUAGAUGGACCUGGCACUCAGACCACUUUAUUGAGCUGAAGUGGUCUGAGUGCCUAUAGUGGUCCUAGGGACAGGGGCAUACUAUAGUUUUGGAUUCCUAACGCUAUAGUGUUCCUUUAAGCCAUUAUACAGGAAAAUGACUUUCUUACUGUGAUAACCAUUUUUACAGGCUAUCAAAGACUAAUUUUGAGUACAAAUUCCAAAUAAGUCCUGCCUUGCUGUAAAUAGUCAUAUAAAAGUGUUACAGACUAAACAUCUUCCUUCGUGUUGUCCGUAUCAGCCAUAUAAAGAAAUGUUCACCUGAGACGUGUUUGUGUUGACCUUUAAAAUAAAAUAAAUAUCAUGGCUCCCCAUGGGUGCCGCGUCUCUAAUGUAAAUAAAUCCAAUCUGUCGAGUGCUUCCUCAUUACUAAAACCUUUGAUUGUGUUUGUUAAUAUCGUUUCCAAUCUGGACCGUUUCCAGAUAUCCUGUAAUAUUGCAAGCAAUGUAUUUAGAGAGGACGUUGGAUUAUUUGGAGUGCUCAGCCAGCCACCUACAGUAAGCAUGUUUACAGAUUGAAUUUUUUUUGUCGUUAUUUUAGUUUUGUUAGUGUUUGGACUGCCAUAGAUUUUUUUGGAAACAUUGUUUAACAACAACUGAACCCUGGACCCUGAGUAUGUAUGUGAGAUCUUGCUUUUGUUGUUUAAAGUUCCAUGAGGCUGGCACAGAUUGAUGGGAGUUGCAGGCCUCCGCUUUUUUCAAUUAGUCUUUAUUUGUUGAUCCAGGUGGCGUUAUGAAAAACUGAGCUGGGAAUUGUGGAAAACUGACGAGGCAAUAGCACCUUCUAUACCAAAAUAGCUGGAUUCAUGUAAUUCUUCGAAAAUGUUAAAUGCCCUUGUCAGCUCUCUACAACAACACUUUUCAUCAUUCAUCAAUGCCCUCUGUUUGUUUUCUUCUUGAAUCAAUACCCCCCACCCUCCCUCAGCUUAAUGGAUUUGUUUUAAAUCUGUGGCUGUUUUUAAGAUAUAGUGUGAAUAAGGGUGAACUUCAGAUCAUAACAUUGCGGUGGAAAACAUGCAUUUUAAUUCUUAUUCCAGAUUACUAUUUCUUUGAGUAUCAGAAUGAUGAGAACACAUUGCUCAGGUAAUAUUAAGUAACAUAUCGCCUCUCCUUCUCUUUUGCGUAAAGCCGCAUGGCAUGAUCUAAGUUAGACAAUAAAUUGCAUUGCUUGUAUAAAAGAAGGAUGGCCCAUUUGGAAAUAUUGUAAACAAAUAAAGUAAAAUGCAUUCUGUUGUAUGGGUCGUAUGUUAGUGAAUUUACAUUUUUGUGCUGUGUAUGAUUGACACUAUAAAGUGUUUUUGUUUAAACCUUAUAAUGUAAGCUCGUUAGAGCAGAGGCCUUAACACGCUGUGCAUUCAACUCGUCCUGUUGCAAAUACAUGUAAGUUACUCCUCUCCAUUGUACAUCGCUGUGGAAUUUGUUGGAACUUUAGAAAUAAUAUUAAUCAGACAUGCUCAUCCUGUGGGAUUGAUUUUUUUCUGGGAUUUUACAACCAUUAACUUCUGUGCCCUAGGCUUGAUUAAUGCCGAUCUCUUUCUGAGAAAGCAAAUAUAUCCUGGGAGAAUGUAACGCAUACGUUAUGAGCUAUCCUUUCACACUAGAUAUACAGUCAAGCUAAACAAACGCUCCUACUUAAAAUCCCUUUUAGGAAAAUCACUUGGAAAAAAGCAAAAUCAUUUAAAUAGCCUAAUGUAGAAGAUAAUGCACACUCUAAUUCUAAAAGAAUGGAUCCAUUUUUAAUUCCAAUAAUAGCUGUGAAACAAAAGAGGCAAGACAUGUCUGUGUGCAUGCAUGUCUCUCUACCAUUUUCAAAUGUAAAAUGUGUAUUUGUGAUGUUCUGGUAUCUUUUAAAAGUUCGAGAAAGAUUUCAUAUUGUAGAUUUGUUUAUUUCAGCCAUAGAAUUAUUGUAAUGUCAUUGUAUAACAUGUUUAAAUAUAAUGCACUAGCUGUAUGUUACAAGAGAGGCUCUGGGGAAACAGGUGGCAACUUAGAAAAACAAAGUGGCCAAUAUGGCCCAAAAGAAGUGGCGAUUAACUAUUACCUGGGAACAAAAAUAUCCUACAUUUGUUACGCAAAAUGGCACAAAGGAGUAUUUUAUUAAGUUUAACUAGAUGUAUAAAUGUCACAGAAUAUACAUGUUUGCUUUAAUUAGUCCAGAAAGCUUGUAUUUUAUAGCAAACCUAAGGGGGCUAUUAGAUUAAUCCAAGCUCGUAAGUGAGGUCAUUUUAAUUCUUGUUGUAUUCUGUUUGACUGAAAGCACAUAGACGCUGAUCCGAUAGAACUCCAAAUGUGUCAGUCUUUUUUCUGCUAUAUUUUUCCAUCAAACUUUUUUUGACAGAUUUCUUUCAAAUUCAGGAUUUUUUAUAGUAAAACACAGGAUUUUCACAUCAAUCUACAAAUAUACAGGAAAACAUAUAAAUAUCACAUUGACAUAGGUAUUCAGUCCAUUAACUCAGUACUUAGCAGCGAUUACAGUCUCAAUUGUUUUUGGGUGUGAUGUGACUAGAUUUGUACACCUGGAUUUGGGUAGUUUCUGUCGUUCAUCUCUGUAGAUCCUCUCGAGUUUAUGGGGUAUUGUGAGUGGAUUUAGGUGAACAAAACAACAACAAUUUAUACAAUUGUAGCAUAAGACUACAACAUAAAAAUGUGAAAAAAAGAGGUCAGAAUUCUUUCUGAAUUCAUUGUAACAUUAAUCAUCCCACACAUUCAACUGAUCCUUUUUCUCUGAGCUUCCUUCUUCAUUCUCGAUAUGUGAGCAUUAUUGAUUAUCUUACUGGGAGUAUUCUUAUUUUCUUGAAUGUGCAUAUUGGUAAAAUAUUAUUGAUUUACCUCUGGUUUUCUUUUUCUAUUACUACUUUUCAUUGAAGGGCCCAUCUGUUUAAAUAUUUGUCUGUAGCUAAAGAUGCGGUUCAGAACAGGGACUGGCUGCCUGAGAACUAUGGGCAUACUAGUCCGCAGCAGCCAAGCUGCCAAAUCUAGCCAUCCCUAGCAUAAACUGAUGUACUUUGCGGUUUUUAGAGAGUAUUCAUCGUGACCCCUAGCCCCCCUUACACUUUACGUUACAUGACAUGCCAAUUAUGUUUAAAGUACGAGGAUAGACAAAUCAGAGAUAUUGAAGAUUUUAAUACUCUUUAACAUCAACGCUGCACCUCUUGCCACAAGGAUGGUUGUACUGAUUCCGCACACUUUGUAGCACCGUUUCCUAGCUGGUAACGUGAAUGUAGUUCAGUAGAAAUCGCCGCUUGCUUCCUAUAGCACAGCUGAUAUGAAGUACUAAAAGCCGUUUCCAUUGAGCUCAUUCAUUGUGAGCACUCCUGGGUAAUUUGGAGGUCAGCCCCAAACCUGUAUUUCUUGUUUGUAAUAGUCGUUUUUCUGUUCAUUAAAAUCACACAUAUAUUCCCUGAAGAUACAUCUUGCAAUAUGAUAUCAGGGGAUUCAUUUUCAAUGGAGAACUUUGUUUUAUCUCUGAAGCUGACAAAUGUUGUCUCUUCAGAAGGCUCAAUUAGAGAGAGGUUGUAGUAGGUAAGCAUUCCAACCUUGACUGUGCUCUAAAUUACACUGUGUGGCGGUUUUGUUGUUUCCUUAGAGGGGGGUAGUUGUGUUUGGGUGCAGUCUUGAUAACCUUGUACUCUUAGAAAGCUGCCAAAUCGCUUCCCUUAACCUCCUUCAAUAGUAAGUUUAAUUCAUCAUGUUAGUUGACACUAAGAAAACGCUUUUAAAGGAACACUCCAGGCACCAAAACAACUUCAUCAAAAUUAAGUUGUUAUGGUGCCAUGAGUACUCGGGCUGCAUUUUUACCUCAAGUGGUGAAUUUUUUGUUGUUGUUGUUGUUAUUAUUAUUAUUGCCAUUUAUAUAGCGCCAACAGAUUCCGUAGCACUUUACAAUAUUAUGAGAGGGGAUUUAACUAUAAAUAGGACAAUUACAAGAAAACUUACAGGAACGAUAGGUUGAAGAGGACCCUGCUCAAACGAGCUUACAGUCUAUAGGAGGUGGGGUGUAAAACACAGUAGGACAGGACAUUGUUGAACAUUUUAGCCCCAAAGUUGCCUACAGCGGCGAUGUCCAUGCUCCCUUUUGGAAAGAAACGUACCUUUUCCUAGUCAGUUUAGUUAAAAGGGAGUCACUGAUAGGCUGAGAGCGUCAGCUGACUGCUCUCAACCAAAUCAUCGGCGCCCCUGCCCUGCCUUAACCUAAAAAUUCUGAAGCCGGAUCCCGCCUGGGGGGAGCUAACAUCGUCGCUGGAGGCAGCUGAAAUGGCUAAGUAAGAGUGCCUCCAUGGGCCCCCUGGCACCAUAACAACUUUAAUAUAGAUGAAGUUGCUUCGGUGCCUGGAGUGUCCUUUUAAGCAGUGAUUUUAUUUUAUCUUGAGACCCACUAAAGGCCUAGGUGACAGUCGGGUCAAUUUGAAUUAUUGUGAAUAAUUAAAAUGUUUUUUCUGAUGAAUCUAAGAGAAAAGGCCCACGUUAUUGAAAAGAACAUAAUCAGAUUUCUGGCACUUAUUUUCAUCAUGUCAACUGGUUACCCUACGAAGAUGAACAUUUGCUGUUUACAUCUGUACUGUGACCAGAACUGUGUUACAUACCAGAUAUCACUAAAUAAGAUAAAUCCUAAAGAGCGUCCCCCACAUCUUCCAAAAAAUAAAUUGCUUCAUGGGGGGUGAAAUGCCUUCUAGUUAAAGAAACAUGACAAAAACUGAAAUUGUAUUGUGGAGCUAAAAGGUCAUGGCACUGUAGAACUCAUGUGGGAGUACUGACAAGUGCUUAGACAAAGUUCAUUCUAAGCGAAAAAUAGAGAGGACUAAACUACCUUAUUUGUGUAGUUACUGAUGAUAAAAUACAUUUAUUUAAUGCUUUAAAGUGGCAUUACAAACAACUGAAUUCUGCUUGUCUUCUAAAUGACCACUAUACAUCCCUCCAUGAGAUAGAAUUUGAGUACACAUUUAGGAUUAGUGGUUUAUACUAUGGAUGAAUUAGCAUCAAUUGGUCACCUAGACGAUGGUACUAUAAGAGCAGUAAAGCCAUUCUUUGGUGGGUCAGCUUGAAAUCCACCUUGUUUGCCUGAUAAAUGUAUGAUAAUGGACUUUCUUCAUGUAUACAUGUCCUACAAACUAGAGUAUGAAGGUCCAUGGCACCGAUGAGAAGAAUAUAGAUUGGAAACACCUACUAAGAUUAUUUCCCAAUGAUUAGUGAUGAUUGCACUUGGAACCCCUAUGCCUUCUGAAAACCAUGACCAGGAAAUGAGGGCAGCACUGAAGGUCCAUGUUUGGAAACCGCUAGAAUGCCAUUAUCCUGUUGAGUGGUUAGAUUUAAGAAACGAUGAACCUAUUCAAUCUCUUCAUUGGAUUGGUGUAUGGGUGGGCAGAUAUCACUAAAACCAAACAGUUGCCUCAAAUUGGGCAUUAAAUAAUCAUAAUCAUAAAUCUGAUAUUUUUACAAGCUAUUGAAAUGGUACCUCCUUGGAGCUUUGUGGAAUACUCCAUAUGCAGUAUUUAAUAGCCAAUCGUAUUGAAGAAGUUUUUCUUGGCAGUCAAUGCUGUUGAGUGUUUUCAAGAACUUGCAUUACCAUAACUUAUUCCGUAAAAUGUUCUUUUUACUUGGGCAACACUCUUCAUCUGAGGUUAUCUUCUUUCCAGAACUCAUUAAUAACUUUAUCUAUUAUUACACUAUUUCUUUCUCAAAUUCUCUGGCAGUCACUGGAGAGACAAGACACUAGUGUUUAUAUACAGUCCAUGGGCCUGCCGCAGAUUAAUGAUAUUAAACCAAUCUCCCGGUGUGUAUAUAUUCACUACACUGAAUUAAUAUUUGAUCAGUGAUGUGCGAUCACUGUUUGCUUGGUUAAAUUGCAUUGCAACGCUUCUGACAUCACAUGCCGCUGCUUGUUUGGCGUUUAUCUCUCGGUCUCAUUCUGUUUGUCGAGAGAUUUGUACAAUUCAUUACCUCAGUGGUUUACUUGUAGGUGAAACGAGGUUUAAAUGUUUGUUAUUGUUAAUAUGAAUAAUGCGUAACGACACAGCUUUGCGCUUUCCUUACCAGCUUUUUGUUUUGUCUGAACACAUUUGGAAAUAAAAUAAGUUUACAUCUCAUGGGGUUUAAUGUUGGAUAAUUUGAUUAAAAUGAGUCUCUAAGGUGCUGUUUGUGACACUGUUAAAUGCAAAACAAACCAAAUAAUUACCCAGUAAAAUAGAAAUAAAGGUGAUGAGAGACUGUGGUGGAGUAAUGGGUAAAUAUAUCUCUAGACAUGGACUCCAAGAAAGGUAUGUCUUUGGCAUGAGUGGACUCCCAUGGAGCCUUUCAAGGCCCGGCUUGCUAAUAAUAAGUACAUUCUGCUGUACGAGAGGUUGAUGGGAAGUAAGUAAUACAUAACGAAUGCGUUCCGAGAACUAGUUGAGUAAAACGUCAGGAGCCACGUAAAUGCUUGAAUGAUACUUUAUUAAUUCAGUCACUUUUGUGGUCUAUACUGUUAUGUACAGAAAUAACCAGGACCAAGUACUCAAUUGUGUCCAUAGCCCUGAACACAGAAUAUUUCUGGCCUGGCGACACUUGGCGAAUAUUUUGUGGCUACCAUGAUGUUUCUUCAUUUUAUGAUGUAGUUCUCCCGGCUUUGGUUUUAGCACAAUUCCUGCUGUGGAGAUACAGGCUUUCUGACUUUAGUCCGUGAUCAACCACAAAUUCACACAUUUACAGAUUCUAAAUAUCAUUGUAAAAUGUCAUUUUAGCCACCUAUAUGAUCACUUAUGCUGCCAUGGAGUAGGGAUGUGAGAGCAGACCAGCCUCAUAGCAGUUCCAUGUGCACUCCAAGCCAACCUACUGGCAGCCGGUGCCCCCUUGAAGUGUUUGCCCUGUCUGGUCGACACCCCAAAGGCCAGCCCUGAUCAAGCAACGGUCAGCAUGAUCUUUGAGACCAUCAUUUAAAUCCCCACCAUGAGUUUUGGAAGAACUGGUUGAGAAUGUACUUUAUUUACCCAGCCAGGUAAACAUUCGAAUAAAUGCACAGAAAAGCAAGAACAUUGUUCUAGUUGGGUGAAUACAUUACCUCCUGUACCCUGUGAGUGCCUGGUCCUGUCUGUUUCUGUGUGAUUGGAGGUCGUACUGCAGACCACCGUGGCACUAGGCAAUUGUUGUUGUAGCUUAUUGUUAGAAAAUUAGCAUUUUUGUACGAGACAUAUCUUUGAUUGAGCUCGGCUAUCCUUAGAUCCUUAGGUUCUGUCUCUCAGAGGAGAAAUAUGCUGCAGUCAGAGAGAUUUCAGUGUGUUUCUGAACAUUCCCAGGACAUUAUUUAGUAUUUGAGAGAGAAAUUACAUGUAGACACUAACUCCAGCAAUUUCUUUGACUUGUCACCUUAGCGAAACAGCUUGCCAUGUUGCAGGGUCCCAUUUAGAAUCAAAGAAGGACAUGAUUUGGAUGUCUCCUGAUUAAUGGGAAUCAUUUUAUUUCCCUAUCUCAGGUUUGCCUUUUUGAGUUCAUGGUAUCACAUGCAGCAUUUCUAUGUGAAUGUUAAUUUAAAACCGCAUGUAUUUUAUGUCCCCCAUUACUUACCCCAUGUUACUAUAUUAGCACUCCAAAACAAUGCUUUUAGGACAUUUACAGCUUCAAAUAUAGCUUAAAACCUGACAGGGUAUCAAAAAUGGAAGAGGUGGAACAGAGCAUGGAAAGGGUGGCUGUUUUUGGGAACAGGUCAUUCGCCCCACACUCUCCCAAGCUGGCAAAGCUUGUAUUAGGUCAUUCAGUAAAUGCUCGCCACAAACUUUUAUAUAAAAGAAAGGCUGGGAUUUGGAGAUCUAACGUUGCCUCUGUUCGCACGCAUCCUUCUCAUUUCAUUGUUUUUCUAAGGUGCUUCUUGGCAAAGGUUACGUAUUGUUCUACUUUACAGUAAUGUUAGGUAAAUGUAUCAAGAGCACAGUAAUUAAUAUACACCGGGCUUGCACAAUGGUUCCAGUAAGGAAAAAAAAAAGUACUUUCAUUAAUGAUUUUAUUGUUUGUUUAUACAGCUGGCUUUUGGCGUGUGAAAUCUUUAAUUAAAAAGCUCAAUUUGCCUUAUUCGGCAUUGGCCUAUUGAAAGGGGUGCUGCUGCAUUGCCAUCUAGUGGCAAAAGGGAGAGUGGCUUUGACACCAUUAGCCAACUGCAUAUGACAGUACUUGACCAAUCGGGAGUUUAGAAGUCAGAGAAGUGUUAGCUCUUCUUAUUUUAUAUUGAACAAUUUGCCAGCCUCUAAUAUCUUUAUGGAUAGACGGAUGGGUGGAUUCUAGCAAACCUUAGUUUUCUACCCUACCCUUACCCUUUGUACCUCUAGCAUGUCAGCUCAUUGAGCAGGGCCCUCAGCUCCUUCUGCUCCUAUACGUCCAUGUAGUCUGGUUUAACUACAUGUCUGUCAGUCCACCCAUUGUACAGCGCUGCGUAUUCUGUUGGCACUUAAUUAAUAAUAAAAAACAAUAAUAAAUGUAGAUAAUAUAUCAUGAGAUCUAUCAGAUUCUGUAAUAAAUAGACUGAGAUAUAUGGAUGGAUAGAUUGAGAAACAUGGAGCUCUGAGAACGAGAGAAACAUGGAGGCCGUACUGCUCCCAGUGGAGCUCUGAGAAUGAGAGAAACAUGGAGGCCGUACUGCUCCCAGUGGAGCUGUGAGAGAAGCAUGAAGGCCGUACUGCUCCCAGUGGAGCUCUGAGAAUGAGAGAAACAUGGAGGCCGUACUGCUCCCAGUGGAGCUGUGAGAGAAACAUGAAGGCCGUACUGCUCCCAGUGGAGCUCUGAGAAUGAGAGAAACAUGGAGGCCGUACUGCUCCCAGUGGAGCUCUGAGAAUGAGAGAAAGAUGGAGGCCGUACUGCUCCCAGUGGUGGAGCUCUAAGAAUGAGAGAAACAUGGAGGCCAUACUGCUCCCAGUGGAGCUCUGAGAAUGAGAGAAACAUGGAGGCCGUACUGCUCCCAGUGGUGGAGCUCUAAGAAUGAGAGAAACAUGGAGGCCAUACUGCUCCCAGUGGAGCUCUGAGAAUGAGAGAAAGAUGGAGGCCGUACUGCUUCCAGUGGAGCUCUGAGAAUGCGAGAAACAUGGAGGCCGUACUGCUCCCCGUGGAGCUCUGAGAGAAACAUGGAGGCUGUAAUGCUCCAAGUCGAGCUCUGGGAAUGAGAUAAAGAUGGAGGCUGUACUGCUCCCAGUGGAGUUCUGAGAAUGAGAGAAACAUGGAGGCCGUACUGCUCCCCGUGGAGCUCUGAGAAUGAGAGAAACAUGGAGGCUGUAAUGCUCCAAGUCGAGCUCUGGGAAUGAGAUAAAGAUGGAGGCUGUGUUGAUAGCUGGGGAAUUUCUCUCCUGAAUCCCAUAAAGCAUUUGACGCCAGUCGCAGUUAUAUCCCAAACCAUCUGCACAAGCACAGUACGGGAGCAGCUGGUGAGGGAAGAGACAUGGUAAAAACAAAUCCCCCCAGGGUUGUAUAGCAUGGGGUCGAAGUGAAUUAACCCUUUCAUUGUCACAUUGAGGAUAUGCCCCCCUCCCUCACCCACAGUCUAUACACAUUACCAGCCAGAUAGCUAUAAGAUAUGUAGCGUACAGUUUAUUUUUAUUCUCUGUGUAGACCAUGCCUCUUGGCACCUCCGUUCUAUGCUAUCCCAGCUCACAUUUAUCAGUUAUCUAGUAUUGGAAUUUAUUGGUUUGUUUGUUUGUUUUGUUUUUUUUAGACAUAUUGUUAUAUAUUCAGUCAUUUACAGGAACAACACAUUGAUUUUACAUACUGCCAGUGAGAUUGAUGUAUUUCAGGAUGUCCUUUCUUUUUUUAGGUAUUAGUGGUCCUUUCUUGGGAGAAUUUUAGUAUCUGGACAGCAAGUAUUUCCAUAAUAGCUGGACUUUUUGUAGGACAUCGUUUGUUUUGCUCCGUUGAGGCUGUGAAUUUUCACAAGGUGCUGUUAUGUGGUCGGUCUGUCCGCCCACUCUAAAAAGAUCAUCUAGCAUCUCAAAGCAGCCUUCAACGAAAUAGUCCUGGAUGUAAAGUACAGGAGUUCUAAUAGGUCACAUAUUCAGUAUUAUUCUCCCCCCAAUGACCUUUUAUCUCUUUUUAUGUUUGGCAAUUGCAAGGGAAUUUCUUGUUCACCUCAUUGAUAACGAUACAUUACUUUAUUAGCAUUACUUUAUUUUGCUUUUUUUUUUUUUUUUAACAGAUUCACUAUAUAUUUUCUUACUUGUUUAAUACAUUGAAACAUUUUCCAACCUGCAGCACUGCCGGAGUUGGUUCUCUUCCAAAAGGAAUUGCACAAAAAAUAUCCCUGGGAGACACCCUGUCUAGAUUUUUUGCCAACGCUUUUAAAAUCACCCUUUGCUUUCUUUACCGUACAAUUGCGAUUUAACAAUAACAUUCCCCUUCUUAGAAAUGUCGUAAUCACCUGUCAUCAGAACCUCAGCGAACGUUUUGAAAAAUGCACUUUGAAACACUUUGUAAUCUUGUUUGGACAGAAGAUUGUCAGCUGCGCUGUGUUUGGAAAUUGUCAGCUCACAUAUCAUCUGAGAUGUGGAAGUGCAGUACUUUCAUCCAAUUAUGAAAUGUCUUCUAAUCCUUUAAAACAGCCAUGCAAGUGUUAGAGAAACUAUUCAGACACAAUUCAAAUAUCGUUCAUAAAUAUAUAUAUUUUUUUCUGUUUGCAGGUGUCCCAAACAAGUCGACCCGACCUUAUUCUCUUCCUCAUGAAAUACCUCAUGACCCUGGUGGUUGGCAUACCUUCUGUGUUUUGGGUUGGGAGUAAGAAGACCUGCUUUGAAUGGGCCAGUUUCUUCCAUGGUCGCAAGAAAAAAGUGUAAGUCUUGGCAUGAUUAUUGGUUGAGGAGCAUCGUUAGUUUGUCACGGUGUAAUCAUUGAAUGAGAAAACAGGGGGCUGGCUGCACUCACCUGAAUAUGUACAAAUAGGGCACUGCUGGGAGCCAAUCUAUACAAUAAAAAAAAAAAAAAAACAGCGCACUCCCUUAUCCCCUAAACCGUAACUUCGGUGCUGACAAAUGUAAGGUUUUUUUUUUGUUGGUUUUUUUUAGAAAAACCUAAUCCAAGCAAAAAAUAAUGGGAGUUUAGUUACAUUAAUGAUCAUACAUUGCAUAAGCCUGCCAUAACGUCAAUGUACCCCAUCUUUGGCAAGUCCUACACUACCAGCCUAGUGUCUGCUUCAUGGGAAACUUGGGGGAAAAAAUCCAUCUGGGGUUCUCUGCUGUACAAGGCUAAAUAGGGCCUUGGGUUGAGACACCAGUGACAGGGAGGGGUGCAGUACCAAGGAGCUGGCUAGACUCCCAAAUAUAAAUAUAUAUAUAAUGAGAAAACAGGGGGCUGUAAUCAUUGCAAUUACUUUAAUUGACAUAGCCUGUCUGAUUGUUUUGGACAUCAGGCCUAGCUAGAUAUGUGAUGUAAAUUAAGUUAUUGUCGUGAUCAUAAUAAGGAACAGUGCUGAAGUGUGAAUAUUUUUGGAAAUGCUUCUCAAACGACUCAAUAUUUUAGGAUACAUUUAAAAAAAAAAUUAAAUAAAACAAAUAUAUAUCAAAAACUAUAAAUGUAAUUAUAUUUAUUUAUAUUUUAAAAGCUUAUCCCAAAAAAUUAAAUAGGAGUCUAUAGUACAUGACCACUCCUAACAGAUAAUACGCCAGGCAAAUAAUGGACACUCCGUAGUCAGUAGAAUAGUUGGAAUUUUUGUGUUUGAAUUUAUAUUGUUAUUUACACUGCGUUCCUCCUAGACACUCCAUAUUGGUGCAGUCACUAUUAAAUUUACUGAACGUUCUCUCUUUCUCCUUAGAGCUGUAAAUGAAAGCCGCCAAGUGCUCCAAGAACCAGAUUUUGCUCAGUCACUUCUUCGGGAUCCAAAUACCCCCAUCAUCAGGAAGUCACGGGGAACUUCUACUCAGGGAACUUCCACUCAUGCCUCUUCCACUCAGCUGGCAAUGGUGGAUGACCAAAGGAGCAAAGCAGGGAGUGUCCACAGCAAAGUGAGCAGUUAUCACGGCAGUCUGCAUCGCUCACGUGAUGGAAGGUAGGCAAAAAAAACAUGGUGGCACAGGAUGCAUUAAUGGCAUAUUUCAUUUUCAGAUCCCCCAAAAUAGCUAACCAGGGGGAAGGUUAUAGCGGAUAUUGCAGUUCAACUUAUACAUUCCAACUCGUAGCAGAAAUGAGUGGCUGUGAUAGGCUGGGAGCACUCAACUUAACUGUCAGCAUAUCACUGCUGGCCAUCAAUGUUCAGAAUAGCCCAAACAGCACAGAGGGACUGGGCUAGGGUUUCCAGAAUCACUCAUUCACCAUUCAAAAAGGAUUUAACACUAAAUGGAGGCUAGGGGACUCCAGGAGCUAUAGCCACUCCAGUGAGAUUAACUUGUUAUUGUGCAUAGAAUGUCCCUUUAAGUGGGGGGAUGAGGGCACCAAACCUGGGAGUCUGUAAAUAUAGUUGGAGUGGUGCUGAGUAUAUUGGAUUUACCUGUACUAAUCUGCACAGUAUAAAAAUGGAUACAUUUUAUAUAUAUAAAAACAUCUUCAUUGCAGGUCAAAUACAUAGCGAUGUGGAUGCUGCCUUUAAUCUUACUUUAAUAAUAUCCUCAUAUAGAUCGCACUAUUCAUGCUUACAUGAAAAGCUGUUCAUGUUUGUGAAACUGACCUAUGGUUACUGUGUCCUCAGGUACACACCGUGCAGCUACAGAGGAAUAGAGGAACGGAUUCCACACGGCAGUAUGUCCCGUCUCACUGACCACUCCCGGCACAGUAGUACCCACAGACUCAAUGAGCAGUCCCGUCAGAGCAGCAUUAGAGACCUCACCAAUCCUCUAGGUCAUAUUACACAUGGUACUAGUAUGAAUCGGGUCAUAGAAGAAGAUGGAGCUAGUGCGUAAUGGGAUUAACACGAAUGUAGAACAUAUUUUGUGAUGCACUUCACAAGUAUCGGACCUGUUGGAGUGUUGUGUGUGCUGGAUAUACACUGGACACUGGAUAGCCAUUUGACUCAAGUGUGUCUGUGGACCAAUGAGAGAUUGAUAAAUGGAAACUACACGCCAUCCUGGAAACUUGUAUCAUGCUGCUCUCUUGAUUUGGUCCAACGCUUUUAUUGAGGUUCAGCUCUCAACUCAAAUCAGAGCUUAAUAAGGGAAAAAGUUCUGGGAUUUUUUUUUAUUUUUUAAUAUUUUGUAAAAAAUUAUUUAUGUAAACCUGAAGACUGCCUAGUGCACAGUACAGGUAAAAAUCAUGAGAUCUUUUUUAAUUUUGUGAUUGGUUUGUUUUUUCCUUGACACUGGAUUCCAUCCAACUAGUUUAAGGGAUAAACGGGAGGAAGAUGCAUGUCUACUUGACCCGCAAAUGCCCCGAUGAAGAAAUUGACUACAUUGUUUAACUUGUGGUCACUGGCACUGGUCACUCAUGGUCUCUGGCCCUUGUACGAUCACCCAAGGAGACAAUGAAGAUUAAUUACAAGUUCUGUUACCAACUGUGUUACAUUUCAUGCAGUUAUUUUGUGAACAAAUGUAAAUAUUUUGUAUAUAUAUAUGUGUAUAUAAAGAAGCUCUUAUCAUUCACUGACUAUGACCAUAGGUUAGUUGUUGAUACCUUCCAUCAAUGUCUGGUUGUUUCAUGUCCCAGGUACACCUAUCUGUCAUGAGACAAGUUUGGAACAUUUUAGGAAAAUCUUUAUUAAUGUAAAUGUGAGCCACUCUAAUCAAUGCACUAUAAUAUGUCAGAGGACCUAUUCUAUAGCUCGAGAACAAAGCACCACUAUUGGAGUGUUGACUGGUGUGAAGGACCCCAUCUAAGGCACUGUACAUGUUCUCGGAUUGAAGUUUCCUCCUUUCUCAAAUGCUGACACAGUACUGCAAGGCUCACUGAUCAGCAUUCUACGUGUCAUUGAGUGAUUUUCUUCUUGUGCAGUUCUGGAUGUGUACUCAGACUGUGACAGAGAUGUCAUCAGGGACUACUUGAAUAUAACUGUAAAGACAGAACCUUAAAAUAAUCCCAUCAGUAACAUUGUCAAAAUAUUAAAACCAGACACCACUUAUAGUUUAAACACUGGACACUAUAAGAUCACAAUAUGUGAUGGUAGAAUCACCAUGACAGGUAUGGCUGAUCGGAGUGCAAUAUACCAAAGGUCCACCAAUAAUGCAGAUACACCAGGGGGUUUGAUACAGCUUUUGCCUUUAAAAAAAACAUUGCAUGGUAGGGUUUCUCCAAGCAUCAUAAGGGCCACAGCCCACUGUAAUGGUUAUGAUGCGAGGAGCACCAUGGCCCCAUUUCCUGGUAAGAGGGCAAACUUACUUGGUCCUGCCGGGUGCCUGAUCUCCUUUGCAGGAACACUGUAACGUUAGAAAUACAAAUGUGUAUUAUAAAUAAUAUAUAUGGGAGUAUUAUAAAGAUAUAGUGUCCUGCACAAUCUGUGCCUGCAGAUCGUUUUACAUUGCAGGGUUAAAAUCACAGGGACAUGGUACCCAGACCACCUUAUUGAAACAAAGUGGUCUGGGUACAUGUAGUGUCCAUUAAAGGCUGGCUGUGACAUGUGACUGGUUUCUUUAGAGCUGGUUGCCAAUCUUUCCGGCCAUUCAUUGGAUGAAAGCAUCAGCUGACUGCUCUCAGCCAAUGGUUGCAAUUCUGUGCAUAAACAUUUGGAACACUAGUUCAGGGCUGGCUGAUGACACUCUGGUGACAAUGCCAGUGCUGGACUAAAAACCCUCUGGCAGCAGCAGGAGUUAAUCUAUGUUUGUGCAGCAUUUUAUAGCAAAACACUGCACAUACAGACUGCAGGCACCGUAACCACUUCAAAUCACUGAAGUGGUCAUGGUGCUUAGAGUAACCCUUUAAAAGGUGUUUCACUCCCCAACUCUGUAUCUAAAAAUCACACCUAUAAGUUCUCAAAUUUCAGCUAUCUGCGACUUAUUGUGCAAAACUGGGAUCUCAUUUUGAAAAAAAUCUCUGCGACAAUUUAAAUUAUUGCAUUUGUAAAAUAAAGAUAACUUGGUAUACUGACUCCAACAUUUAUUGUCUGGGCCACGUUUUGGACAGUUGCAUAUGACAAGCCAGUAAAGACAUAACCAGAAGAGUAUACUGUCCCUUACCGAUCGAGGUCUGCUGUCUUAACGCUACAAUUCAUUAAUUUGGCUGUUUAAUAAUUAAUAAUUAAACAAUAACACAUUGGUAGGUGAUCUACCAUCCAAUAAAUAUAAUUUUAGCCUUUGUAAUAGAUUUUAGUUGUGGGUCUUAAAACAAGGAGUUCAAUUAGGCAACAUAGCGGUGGGCCCCCCUCCAAUCUCCAGCAAGAGGAGGCAAACUAAAGCGCCCACCGCCCCCAAGCCAGCUAACCCUAUAUGACGGCCCAGCUCUGCUCUUUAUUUUUAAGUUACUUUGUUUUUCAGCACAGGUAGAUUUAUGACAUAUAGUAAACAUCACUUAUCAGUGCACAAAGGUUAGAGCGUACAGAUCUUGAGUGAUGCAACUGAACAAUCGAUUUAGGGUACAUAGUUGGUUAUGUUACAUCUUCGUGUCAGGAAGUAUACCUCAGGUACAGUAUUUGUAGUGGUGUCAGUUGGCUUAUAGUGCAUCAGGGCAGGAUAGAUACAUGGGGUGUUUAUAUUUCAUAUAUGCAGGCCAUAUUAACCACCCGCCGUAAGUAGAUUUGUGCCUGCUCUUAGGCCCUCCUUUUGGUAACAUUCGUUACGAGCAUGGCUGUGCAACGUGUACCAUCUUCUGUCUCAUUUUUGGUUUAUCUAGGGGCAGAAGUUAACUCUUUUUAACAAAUUGAUCAUGCUAAGACUAGCAGAGGUGUCCAAAGUGUAACCAUUAGCUAUUGAACCACUACAAUUCCCAAAAUGCUUUGCCAGCCUGUCAUUCUACAAUAGGAAUGCUGUGCCCAAAACAUAUUUAUUACGUAAAGAGGUACUGUCAUAUUUUGCCUCCUGUUGUCAGUGUAUUCAGUAUUACUACUGUAUCAAAGGAGCGUUGUAAUCACUUCAGCUCUGUAAGUGGUUAUGGUGCAUACAGUGUUUGGGUUUGCCUGCCUUAUUUUGAGCAUUUUGAAAAUAAAAAUGGUCUUUUUUUGUCACGUAGGAGAAGCCUAGUUUUUGUUUUGUUAAUUAGUUUUUUUUAAUUAAAUUAAACCAUUUAAAGACAGUUUGCCAAAAACAGAACAGGUUAUGGUGCAUAGUGUCCCUUUGAUUACAGCUGCUUAAAUGAAUACGGUGUGGUAAAGACAUUCUUAAAUUUCAUAGUCAUGGAUUACUAUUUCUGCCUCCCCUUGCUAAUAUUAAAAUAUUUUUUAUUUAUAGCAUUUCAACAUAUUCCCCAGCAAUAAGGAUUAGCGACGCAGUGACCUAGGUUGUGUGGUCUCAUUGUAUAUUAUAUGUAAAUAUAUGGCCAGGUUAUAUUGUAGCCCUGUCUUAUAUUACGCAAAUGCCUCUCACAAGAUAUGUUGUUUACAUUCGGUACUGUAAUGUAAUAUAGCAAAUUUCUAUCCCCAUAUACGUGGAUAAAAAGGAAAAUAAAAUGUGAUUAAUUUGAACUAUAUUGGAAAGGGAAUCACUGUAUUUAAACCUGUUUUACUACUGAUAAUCCAUUAUCUCUCAGUAUUUUAGAAGUUCUGUGGCAAAAAGAAAACAAAUGUGCCCUGUGCAGUAUAAUGCUGUAUUUUCUGACACUGAAUGCAUUUAAAGGGUUAGCAAUGCUUUGUUUUUAAAUGGACACUCUAGGCACUACUAACACUUCAUCACAUGGAAGUGGUUAUGGUUCUUUGCGUUAUCUACUCAUAGUUAAACCAUUUUUGAGUUCAACCAUUUUAGCACUACCCGUGAUGUGCCUAGUCAACUGCUUUUAGCAUUAAGUAGAGGAAGGACAGCUAAGUUUUAAUGUCUUUCAAGUGCUCUUUUUAAUAUAAGCAUUACUGCCUCUUUAAAUUCUACCACGUUUACAUUGCCAGGGCAAAUUAACUGAUUGAUUUUUGUGAAAUUAAAAAGGUCAAUAGUAAUUGCAUUAUUGUGAAAUUGGUGCCUGUCCAACAAUUCUCAAAUAGUGUUUGCUGGUAUUUUUUUUUAUUAUUAUUAUUAUUUAAUUUUAUUUUUUUUCUGCUCUGUUCUGUAGUAUAUUACUGUAUGUUCAGUUUACAAUAGUUCCUCCUCUGUUUUGUAAAAUAAAUGCAUUGUGUUAGCACUUUAACAAUGAGUGUAAAAUAUGAUUCAGAUUGUCAGUAGAUGUACAUUUCAAUUUAGAGAGAGGUUGGACUUUUUUAAUAAAAU